AGAGUAGCCGGGAAAGGGGCAGAGCGCAGGCGCCGCCGCGGACGGGAGAGGCGAGGCAGGGCGAGAGCCGACAGGGGCAGAGCCGGCUCCGGCAUCUCCAGCAGCAGCAUUGGCAGCAGCAGCGCUGCUUCUCCGCCGUGGACGCGCGCCCUUGCCCGGCCACCGACGCAGGCUGCGCCCCGCUCGGGCGGCUCCCCCUCUGCAGAGCGCCCCGAUCGCAGCCUGCCAGACGGGCCAAGGCGACCGAUCUCCCCGAGCCGACGGAGCCGCCUGCAGCCGCGCCCGCUUGCCCCCCGCCUCCGCCCUGCCCUCUCCCCGGAGCUAGGCACCAUGUCCGCGGGAGGAGACUUCGGCAACCCGCUGAGGAAAUUCAAGCUGGUCUUCCUCGGGGAGCAAAGCGGUGAGUGGGAGCCGUCGGGCGCGGCGCCCUUCCUGGCCAAAGGGUGUGGGCGGCGGCGGCGGCGGGUGCUGCGGCAGGUGCUUCUCGCGAAGCCCUUGGCCGAGAGGGGGAAGCGGCGGCGGAGCCUCCGGAGCGACGCCCCGCGCUCCGCAAUGGACUCGAGGUGCCCGCGCUGCCUCUUGCAUUGCGGCAACUUCUGCCGGCUGGGCGCCCAACCGCCCGCCCGCCUCCCCCCACCCUUUCCUGGCUUCGCCGUCUGAUCUGUGGGGCCGGGUGGGUGAGAACGCCGCUCUUGGGUGGUGCGGAGGGAGAGGAUGCCCACGGAGAGGUGGGGUGGGCGAGGAGAGCCUUCUAGCCCAGGAAUUGCUGCCUGCGGUAUAGGAGGAGAAAACGGGAAGAUCAAAGUGGCGCUGGAAUGAUAAGCGCGGAGCAGCUUUAGAUCGCAUGGUGUGGAUUCCUUUUUGGAGAACCGGGUCUCUUCCCCCGCCCUUGCUAGAGAUACAAGGAGACGAUAAUGUGCCCUUUUUUCGACGGAGGGGGGGGGGGAACCACCACCUUUGGAAAAUAGAUGAUGGGGAAGUAGCCAGCCCAGGGCUAUCUGAAGAUGUGUUCUCUCUUCUCUCUCCCUGCCCACCCUGCAAACAGGCAAAUUCCUAACGAGGCGAUUUUUUUCUGUCCCCCCCCCCCGCCCCCGGGAAGGAUUUGCGCAAAUAAAAGGAGGCCCGGGAGAGAAGACACACCCUGCUGCUGGCCAAGACUCUGAGUCUUCCCCUCCCCCCUUUCUUCCUAUUAAAACCCAGUGGCUAGAUAGAUACCUGCCCAGGCUCUGAAGGCAGAGCCAAUAGCCAGCACCACCUGGAGAUGCUCUCUCCCAGCUUUCCAUUUCUGGCCCCCAUCCCUUCAUCGGCCCAGAGGUCCCCAGCUAGCUCAGAUGGGAGGAGAGUGGCCAGAACCCCUUCUGCAUGUGUGAUCCAUCUGCCUGGUCCAAUUUGCAACCCCAAGGGGGAACAGAGGGGCAGCUGCCCCAGGGCUGAAACCUCAACCUCCAGGAUCUGUUUUGCUUUACUUUCCUAGGCAUUUCAUGGACUCGACUUUAAGUCUCUUACAAUAUUAUAGCUUACAAUAAAAAAAGGAUAUAGCAGUUCACAAUGAACAUUCUACUCCUCCUCUCUCCCCUUAACCAAUUCAGAAUCUGAAUUUCACCUCUGGGAUGUGUGAAAUCUUGGCGUGCCUCUGAACAUAUACAGCCCUGCUCUUCAUCACAUCAAAGAUCCACCUGUUCAGGCAUCUCACUUCCCAUAGGGUAGACUAGUGUCAGGUGCUUCUGGGAAGAGCAUCAGAAGGCCCCUCCUACUAUUUGCCCUCCUGGCAAAUGACAUAUUGCCUAUGAACCUGAUGUGCCUCCCCAACUCCGCUGCUGCUGCUGGGUAGCCACAUACAUGACCCUGUGUUUGGGGAGCAAACUUUAAGAAUAUAUGAAGAGCUUGCUGAACUAGACCAGUCACCCAGAUGGCUGCAGGAAGCCCCAAGCAGUGCACGGGCACAAUAGCACUCACUCACCUGUGGUAGCAACUAGUAUACCUAGCAACUGGUUUUCAGAGGCAUACUGCCUCACACAGUGGAGGUACAACCAUUGUGGUGAGUAGCUGUUGAUAGCCUCCUCUUCCAUUAAUUUGUGUAAUCCUUUUCUAAAGCCAUACAGAUUGGUAGCCAUCAGUGCCUCAUGUGGGUGUGAGUUCCAUAGUUUAACAAUGCUCUGAGUGAAGAAAUGCUUUCUCUUCUCUGUCUUGAAUUUUCCAGCAUUCAGCUUCAUUGGAUGUUCAAGGGUUCUAGUAUUAUGAGAGAUGGAGAAAAACAUUUUUCUAUCCACUUUGACCCUACAGCGCACAGAGAGAACUUCUAUCACAUCUCCUUUUACUUACCUUUCCUCUAAACCAAAAAGUCCCAAACAUUGCAACCGUUUCCUCAUAGAAGUCUCACUCAGAAGUUUUUGGAGAGGUAUCUUGUCAAAAGCUUUUAGAAAGUCCAAGUAACCUAUGUCAACUAGAUCACCUCUAUCAAUAUGCUAGUUAACACUCUCUCUUUUUUUUUUUUAAUUAAUAUUUAUUAAGUUUUCAAAGAAUAACAACAAAAAUUUCCAAAAAAAUUGAAAAUACAAAAAGCAAAAAUGAUAAAGAAAUAAAAAAGAAAAAACCCAACCAUAAAGAAAAAAAAGAAAAAAAGAAAAACAAAAGUAUAAAAUCAUUUACGAUCUCUAUUAACUUCCUUUCUAGACUUCCUCCUCCUCCCCUCUCUUGUUUCUUAGUUUUUAAUUUUUACAGCAAAUCCUUUCUGUUUUUUCAUAACAUUCUAUCAUUACAUUUCCUUAUUCUAUUUUCCCUCUUGUCAUAUAAAAACUUUAAAACUCAAAGCUUAUAUUCAGUAUUUACCAAAUUCUUACAUCAUUACCUUUUUGCAAAUCAUUUACCAAUCAUUACUUAAGCCAUAUAGUUUCAUUCAACAUCUUUCAAACAUUUAUGAACGUUCCCAAUAUUGAAAAAUAGAAAAAUAAAAUAAGAUAAUAAGUCAGACACAAUCCAGUCAACUUCCAGCGCCCUCCCCUGGACCCGGGAUUGUCAGUCCUUUUAACCUCAAUAGUCCGGCUCCUUAACCUGGUUGUCUCGUGUCCGAGGCCCUCAAUUCUCUUUCUUGCCCCUUUCGCAGCUCUUCUUGAUGUUUCCCUUUCAGUCGUGGGUACUCCAGCAGAAAGAUACUUUUGACCCUUUGCAACAAGUCCAUCCCAUGCCCAUUGUCCAAGCCAGACAGCAGAUAAUACCACUUCAAGUUUCCUUGAAACUUGGAGGCUCCGACUACUCCAAUCCUCUGAUGGCCCAUCACCAGACUCGGAAAGUCCAGAUAACCAUAUAAAGGGGGGUCAAUCCAUCCCCCAUUUCCAAAUCUAACCACAUUUCAUCUUUCCGAAUCUGAUUUAUCCCAAGUUCAUUUAUCAAGUUCAAAGGCUGAUCCUGCCGGUCCAAAGGUCCCUCCAUCUCUGAAGCCUCCAUCACUACAGCAGGUUCAUAUACUUGUAGAUAUUUUAACUGAGUUCCAUUUACUUGCUGCUGUGCUCUGGUAACUUCCGUCAUCAAGGUCGUCUCCUGACGCAUCUGGUCCAGCUGGGCACUUAGUUUUGAAAAACCUUCCAGGAACAUUUGUUCAAGCCUUUGUACAAGCAUUGUCCUUCAGGGUCAAAGAAAAUUCUUUCCCACGAUUAUAGUCCUUCACUUUUAAGCUCUCUGCGUUGCAGUUUCACUAAAUCCCACUAGAGGGAAAACCUUUUUUUCCUUUUUUUUUUUUUUUUAUAAAGGAGAAAAACAUCAGCAACAGUCUUUCUUUUCCAGAUACACUUUAUCCAAAGUUCCCCCUUCAAAAUUCAAGAGGCAACAGCAGAGUCACAAUGUUACCUUUCUUUUAACUAUCUGUCGAGCUGGACAAGCUUCAAGACGUCAGUUCUGACAGCCCGCUCCUGGUUCAGGGCGGUGGAAAAUUACUUUGUUUUAAACUCACUUCCGCAGGGUUAAAUAGUCCAAUACAACCCCUUCUUCUCCUGCAGUCAAAGGGGGGUUCAGAAAUCUUAGAUGUUGAAUUCUAGUUCUUUCAGAAUUUAAUUUUCAAGCUUUAGUAUAUUUUGUCUUUGCUUUCUUCACGUAACAAAAGAACGGAAGGUUGACUUCCUGUUUAGACCUUCUCGUUCCAAGUCCCAAUUAAAUUCAAUUUCAAGUCCAAUUUAUUUAUUUAUUCACCAGUCUUAAAAGUAAUUCAGCUCUUCCAAGAUCAGGUACUCACGGAUAGAUGUUUUAGAUGCCAAAUUGUCCCAGGAAAAAGGCAGCGCUCUCCGGAAAGCGGCAGUGCGGCUUUGCUGCACGAAAGAAGCAGUCGACUCACAGCACCACGCACCUCCCACUCUGGAGCCGUUACCGGGCUCCUGUGCCAAGGAGAGAGCGCUCACGGUGCCCGCUGAGUCCCACGUCCACAGGCUUCAUCCGCCUGUGGGUUUUAAGGGUCCCCGCUGCGCCGUAGCGGUAGGACCCAAGCUUCCGUGCAGCGGGUUCCCUUCAACUUGAAGGGAAUUCCGCCAUUUUCCGGAGGCGCCACCCCGGAAGUCCCCCUAGUUAACACUCUCAAAGAACUUUAAGAGUUCUAUCUUGUGAUAGGACCUACGCUUGCAGAAGCCAUGCUUGCUGUACUUCAGCAAGGCUUCUUCUUCUAUACUUUCUCCAUUUUACCUGGGACGGACAUUAAGUUAAUAGGCCUGUAAUUUCCUGGAGGCUCCCGGAUCUCUUUUUGAAAAGUGGUGUUACAUUGGGUACUUUCCAGUUUGGGGGUAUGAAGACUGAUUGAAGGACACCUCCUUUUUUUGUGUGUGUGUUAGAAGUUUUGAGCUCUUUGAGAACUCUCAGGUGCCAUCCGGACCUGGCGACUUGUCAGUUUCUAUUUUGUCUUAGGCCUAGACUUCCCCUCUAAUCACUACUAUCUGCCUCGCAGUUCCUAACACAUGGUAUAUUUCCUGAUCUGUAGCAUACACUCUAACUGAGCCUCCAAUACUGUGUUAAACAACUCCCAAGUAAUUUGGCCCUCUUGACUUUGCCUUUCAGCUUCCUUACCUGUCCCCUCAUUGGGGGAUGUUUCAUAUUCUGAAGUCAAAUGUGACCAUGUUGGAUUUACUUGGCAUGUAUGUUUAGUUUCAUAGCACUAUGGUCACUGCUCCCAACUGGCUCAAUAACUCUUAUUAUCUCACAUCAGGCCCUGGGUGCCACUCAAGAUUUGGUCCAGGGUCAUCACCCCUCUGGUUGGUUCUGUGACCUAUUGUUCAAUCAUUUAGGGUUUCUAGAAAUUUUAUCUCUUUCUCAUGACUGGAACACAUAUGUAAACUAUCUAUGUGAGGGUAGUUGAAGUCACCCAUAACUACAACAUUCCCUCUUUUGGAUACUUCCUUGAUACCAUUUCAAUAACUCCCUGAGCAUUUUGAUCAGGGGGAUGAAAGCACAUACCAGUACUAAAUUACUUUUGGGCUCCUGUAUCACCACCCACAAUGACUCUGUGUAGGAAUCUGCCCUUUUUGGCAUACAGAGCUACACCAUCUAUAGCUGGAGAUAACCAUGUCCCACUGGUUCUCUUCAUUUCACUAUGUUUCCGUUAUGCUCGCUAUGUUGAUUCCAUCCUCUAAAACCAAGCAUUCCCAGUUCGCCAUCUUGGCUGAGAGACUUCUAGCUUUAGCUCCCUUCAGAUGUCUUUGGCAUUUUCGUGUUGACCUGUGGUUCUUUGACCUCCCUGAAUUGCUAUCUGAGGCAGCUGCACUCAAAAUGCUUAGUUCUUCGCCUCCCCCAUUUAAAUUUUUAUCAGUUUUCAUAGAAUCAUAGAAUCAUAGAGUUGGAAGAGACCACAAGGGCCAUCGAGUCCAACCCCCUGCCAAGCAGGAAACACCAUCAGAGCACUCCUGACAUAUGGUUGUCAAGCCUCUGCUUAAAGACCUCCAAAGAAGGAGACUCCACCACACUCCUUGGCAGCAAAUUCCACUGUCGAACAGCUCUUACUGUCAGGAAGUUCUUCCUAAUGUUUUCUUCCUAAGUUUUGCAAUCUUCAUCCCGGGGGGGACGACUGGUUCUGAACUGGACCCUCUUCAGCACCUGCUAACUUUCUACAUGAGAGGGCAUGGUUUCAAGGAAGUUUGAGUUCCACAGCUUGCCACUCUUUCAAGAAACUAAGCAGUGUCUGCUACAAGAAAGGAAGGGCACUCUGUAAACACAAUGAUCAGAGGCUUAAUCAGGCAAGUGGUGUGGUAGGCCAAUUCAUUCUUAGUUCCAUCCCAUUGAACCUUUCCCUUUUGAAAUUUAGUACACUAAUGUUCAUCUUCUUGAUCAAAUGCUUUUAAACCAUUCCUUCCUAUUUGUGUGUCUUUGUUAGGUGUCCACAUCAGGAGCUUUUUCCAUUAAUGCAUAUCUCUAAUGAAUAUGCUGUUCUAACAUUUUCCCCUGGAAUAAAUACCUAUCUAAACUCAUUGAAACCAUUCUGUAAUCUCCUUGCAGCCCCCAAAUCUAUGAUAUGACACAAGGCACUUAAGUAGACUUGAAACUGGCUUAUAUUUGUCGUGCAGAAAUGGCCACACUACUUCCUACUCUUCCAAAUCAAGCUAAUGUCCCUGGCAUCUCUUGAGAAUUGAGAAGGAUCACUCCUUGUAUACAUGUACUGGCCUUCUGCCAAUAUUAUGUCCUUCCAAAUGUUUUGGAUUUUAUUUCCCAGCACUUUGCUGGCUGAGGCUGAUGGGAGCUGUAGUCACAAAAUUUGGAGGACCUCAAACUUGCAGAGGUUGACUUAUGCUGAUUUAUUUAAAUAGAUGCAUAUUUUAACAUCUUGGUUUAUCUUCAUGGAAGAAGAAAAAAAAUCACUAAGCCAUUCCUAGUUUGAUUUUCUCUUGUCUCUCCCAUCUUUCAAAGAAGAUAUGAAUGGGACAGUACAGUAUACCUUUUCCUUCAAGCAAUCUUUUAAGCUUGUCAGACAAUUGCAGGAUGGCUUUCUUUCAAAUACAUUCCUUGUAAGGCUGCCAUACCUUUUUCUGGGCUUGCUCCUUGUGCCAUUAAUAGCAGCUGGUAUGAAGGUGAAGAAACCUUCUCUGCAGCUUGAUCUCUAUGUCAGUAUAAGCUUUGCCUGCUAGAUUCCUGCUGCUGAUAAAAAGCACAGAAGCAAGCUCAGUAAAAACCACCCCAUUGAGUUGCUUGCCAUGUCCUCUUGAAGGUAAUGUGCUGAAGAACGGCUAGUUCAAAAGUUCUUUUUUUAAAAAAACAAUAAAGGUGGAAAGACUAUCUUUUAAAAACGGACUAUUUUUCUAGGUCAGGGAUGGCUAAUCUGUGGUCCUCCCAGAUGCUGCUGGAGUUUAGUUCUCUUCAAUCCUGACCAUUGGCUCUGCUGGGCUGAUAGGGGUUGGAAUCCUGGUGUUUCCCUCAUCCCUGUUCUAGAGGAACCAAAUAGUUAGUCCCUUGAUCCUUCCCAUCUAUGUGGUUCCUCCUUUCACUCAGGAGCAUAUGCCUAUGGAUGGCAUUGAAGGUCUUCAUAGCAAGGUAACAGAUAGAGUAUCAGAUAUAUUCAGGGGCCUCCAUCUCAAGCUUAAUCUUUGGAAGCCCAUAAACAUGCAGCAGACAUGAAGCUCAAAGCACAAUGCAACAGGCAGAUGCAACAGUCAGAGAAGACAGAUAAGGGAGGAGAAAGCCAAAGCCAAUUGCUCUAGCCUUUUUUUGCCCUGAGGACAGGUAAUGGUGCUGUGAAACUGGGAGUGGGAGGCAGGGAAAUAAUCACAGAUGGAAAAAAUUGAUCAGCUGAAAGUUCUUUUUUGAUCAAUAAUAUAAAACCAGCACAAUUGUCUGAAACGCAGCUGCCUGUUUGGUGCCAAGGUCAUUUGGCUUCUCUUCUCUGCAACGUGGUUUUUACGCAAUGCAUUCAAAAUGCAAUUUGAAUUGCACAGUUCUCUGUGAACCACCCCCACUGCCAGCCAUCUAGAAGGGGAAGUGCUUGCUGACCCACAUAUUGGCAGGACAUCCUGAGGCUUUCUUGACUGAUGCAAGAAUCAGGCACAAAGAUGGGUCUCUCCUGGUCAGGUCUCUGAGGCAGGUUAAUGUAUGAUGGGGUGGAGAACUGGUGACCCGUGUUGUUGGACUCCAGUUCCCAUCAGCCCCUGCCAGCAUGGCCAGUGAUGAGUGUUAUAGUCCAGUAAUAUCUGGAGGGCCACAAGUUCUUCUUUACUGAUGUAUGGCAUUAUCCCCUGCUCCAGUAGAUAGCGUGAAAUGCCUCACUACCUAGGAACAAAGACUCCACACUUUCCCUAUAGAUGUGGUGCAAAGCUUGUGCACAUACCCUUAGAAAUGCUCACUUUGAGCAUCCUUUUGUGUAAGUCACACAAAGCGAGGUGGAUUCCCUGCUCCACUGAUCUGAAUGAGCCUGCAGAGUUGAUUUUUUGCAAGCAUGUUUGUGUUUUGUUUUCAACCAGCUUUCCCCAAGCUGGUGCCCUCUAUCAGUCCUGGCCAGCGUGGACAAUUGUCAGGGAUAAUGGGAAUUAUAGCCCAGUCACCUGGAGAGUAUCAAGUUGGGGAAGAUUGCCUUAGACUCGGCAUCCCCAAAUUCAACCCUCCAGCUGUUUUGGGACUACAACUCCCAUCACCCCUAGCUAACAGGACCAGUGUUCAGGGAUGAUGGGAAUUGUAGUCCCAAAACAGCUGGAGGGCCGAGUUUGGGGAUGCCUGCCCUAGACCUUUAGCAUUUGCAAAGCUGCAUUUAUUUAUACAGUAAAGAUGUGUAGCCUGUGAUCUCUUUUAUUACCAGCCUGCAUGCUUGCAUGUUCAAGUAUCACCAAGUGCUCUUUAGUGGUUAUUUGACAAACCAUCUUAUUCACCUAGAAGGAAUUGUUGUUGUUUCAUCCAGGCCACUGGCUAACUGCCAGAUGGCUAUGACUGUAGUCCUACACCCAAUUGCCCACAUUGAAUUCAGUGAGGCCCACUUCUGAAUAGACAUGUAUAGGAUUGCUCUGUAUAGCAAUGUGUAGAAAGUAACAAAAUGUUUGUAGCUCAUUAGAUAAUACUGACCAAAGCAACUAGGCUAUUUGAGUUAACUGUGCCUCCCAGUAUCGGUAACCUUCGCAAUGAACUGUUAUUGAUUGGAAUAUUAAGUGAGGGUUGAUUAAAGCACUAACAAGCCUCAUUUCACACUCUUAGUUCCUCCCACCCAAUCUUAUUUAUAGUCGCCUCCAUGCAGGUGAUUCCUUGGUUCUAUGUACUGUUCAGAGAGGAAUUAAUGUAAAAAUGGUGGGUAAGAUGCUAAACUUCUAUAUAACCAUGUAUAUGCCCUAGCAAGGGAAGUAGGGCUCAGGUUUUUGAAAUGAUUCUGAAAAUUGAGUCUUUGCAUGCACAGCACAGAGCUAUUUAUUAGGGUUAUGAUGGUUGUGAUAUCUCAGGUUUUGGACCAUUCCUGAUAAAGAAAAAACCUGGAUUUUAGUGUGUGUUGGUGUGUUGUGCCAGGGCAGGAUACUUAGCAGGGCUUGAUAACAAAGGCAACAAAGCAGGAAGCUGGAUUAUUAGCAAAUUUGUGUCUUUUCUGGAAGGAAGAAGUAUGAUAGCCCUAAAGAAAAGGGAAAAGGGUUCCAACCUUCAGAAAUGGCUGGCAAUAGGACAUGCUUGUGCUGUAUACAUUCCAAAAGCCUUUUUUGCACUGCAUGGCUGUUGGAGAUGAGAACUCUCCUGAGCAGUGAUGGAGGUGGAAGUCUGAUCCCCACAGACAAAAAUACUCCUAGCCUACCUCUCUCAGAGGUAUGUGCAGCAGAUACGCUUUACCUUUAUACUCAACAUGCUGAGCCAGCUUUCGGUCUGAGGUAAAGUGGCCUGUCAUGUAUCACCUUUUACAAAGAUGUGCUGCCUCAGGCAUAUUUGGCCACCACAGUAGCCUGGGAGUUGGCCUUUGUCUCAGUGCCCAAUGUAGUGCCGCUCCAGGAAAUUAUUACUUCAGUUUCUAUACUACCCUUCACCCAAAGAUCACAGGGUGGUUUACAAUAUGAAAACACAAAAAUACAUACCAUAAUAAUGAACAAUAACAAUAGCCUUCCACACACAGUUGAAAGGUGGCUUGUACAGGUGUGGGAGAUCCAGGGCAAACAUCGCUACUGCGGCCCUGGAUGCCAGAGGGUGAAAACUGGCCCCUGAAGUAUUGGAAAUCAAGGUAAUUUGUGGUACUUACUUGCUGUGAGGUCAAAAUUCAAACCAUUAGUUUAAUCACCAAAUUGUAGACUCCCCAGAUAUAUUCUAUGGCGAACUUUUACACAGCUGAUUAUUACAUCCUGCAGCUUGAUAAUUUGUGUGUACAGCGCUGAUUCUGAUGGGCUGCUCUUAGGUUUUAUUCAUAUUAAGACUUUAAGGCCUUUAUUCUUUAUGAGGUUGGCUACCUGUAACACUGGCUGCAUACAAACAAAAUAUUGCUUAAGUUGUGGGGAUUACUCACAUGCUGUGGUAUGGUUUUCUCUAGGGUUGAGUUCUGGGGGAAACAGUUCUUUUGAAUUUCCCAGAGAAACUGGGUGUGCACUGGGUGCUGACUGGCUGAUGCCUGUGACGUCACGGAUCCACAAACUUGCUCAGUUUCUCACUGGACAUAACAGUUCUGGAACUUGUGGGGCAAGGCAACAAAUGGUACUCUUAAUUCCAUAAAGGUACAGAUUGUGUUUUAAGUUAGCUAUACAAGGCAGAAAGCAUUUGGGGGAGGAAGCAAGACUGACAAACAGAUCUGCAUUUGAGCAGCUGGUAAAGACCUAUGUCUGACAAUUGCAAGCAUAGCCUUGCUAGUGUCUGCUUGUAGCACAUUUGUAUGGGAAUAUUGUUCAGUGAUGUGGCAUAGCAUAGCUGCUAGAGGUGAAUAGCUUGUACUGCAAAUUCAGCAAAUGUGACUCAGGUGACUAGAACUAGAACUACAGUAUGAAAAAUAAUACCCAAAUGUUUCCUGGGAUAUUUAUUGCAUGUCAUGAUGAUUUUCAGGGAAGGUGCUCAGGGUGUGGGGGGAAUUGGGAAUUGCAAGCUGUCUAAACCAUCUUGUGGCACUAAUGCCAUUCACUUUUUUUUCCUUAGCGAUUACCAGUGCGGAGAGUAAAUGUCCUGUUAGCUUACUUUAAACUCAAUUUGUUGAUAUAAUCUUAUAAGUCCAAGUGAAGAAAAGACACCCACCCACUCCCAUUAUUGUGAAUUUUCCCCUCACCUCUGAUUUGCCCCACGAUGAUCAGAGUAAUCAAUACCUCUCUAAUUUCCUUGGAGUAAACUGUGAGAUGCCUUCACAGUAUGGAACAGCACCUAUGAUUUGAAAGUAACUCAAGAUGGAUGCUUUAUUACAUUUUUAGCCCACCUUUCUACCAAGGAGUUCAGGGUGGUGUCCAUGCUUUUCCUUUUCUCUGUUUUCUCCUUGCAACAACCCAGGCGAAGACAGGCUCACGGUCACCCAGUAGGCUUCAUGGCUGAGUGUGUAUUAAAUCCCAGUCUUCCAGGCCCUAGUCUGAUACUCUAAACACACUGGGUUUCAAGAUAGUAAGGGGAGCAUCCUAACACCUUAAGAUAUAUUGACCUUGUGAAUCAAUUAUUGAUGUGGUGAUCAGGAUACAUCCAUUGAGGCCUUGCUUUUUGGCCUCUUGGUAAGAUUCGAGAAAUUCACAGAUAGCAGGGGCAGGGCCUUUUUUAUUAUGGCACCACACAUGAGGAAAUGGUACCAUUUUUGUUGUUUUUUGGGUGGAGCUCUUAAGACAUUUUAACUUCGGUCUGCAGUUGAUUAAUGUCUGUGCUUUGAUUAUUACUGUUCCCCUUAGAGGUUAUAAUGUGGUUUUCAUGUGGUGUUUUUAUAUAACACAAUGUUUAGUUUAUGGGUGGAUUUUUUAUGUGAUAUGCACUGAAGGCCAGGUUUAAAAACACUCUCAAAAUAUGAAAAUAUAAUUCCCAAUGAAUUGCUGGGACAAGUAAAACAAACUGAUUUCUUUCCAGAUCUUGUAAACAAACAACAGUGGUUUUAUUUUCAAAACAUUUUUAUUUAUAAUUUACAGAAAUAAAGUUCCUUCCAGUCUGCUAUUUCCAUAAUUCAUGUUUGAAUAGUUUACAAAACACAACCACCUUCCAGCAAACUUUACAUUAUUGGUCCUUCUAUUUUUCAUAAUGGAUCAAUCUGUCAAAGUGUCCCUUCUGCCAACUCUAAGCACUUCAAGUAUCCAUUCCCAUAUGGAUGGAGCUUCUGGGUUUUUCCAUCUGCGAGCCCAAAUUAUUGUAGCCGUUAUCAACGGGAUCUUAACUAAAUACUUCUGUUCUCCACAAAUAUCUUCCUCAAUCCAGUUAAACCAGAUCAACCCUGAGGAAAGUCUCAGAGUUCACCCUCUCAUUGAUAUUUGACACACAGUUCCCUCCCAAAAUCUGUAAGUAUGCUGACAUUCCCAUAACAUGUGUAAUGUGUGUGCAUUUAGCAGCACAUGUUUCCAUACACUUUCUAUUCAAUCUGGCAGGGUGUUAAAUACCAGUGCGGUAACAGUUUCCACUGAACUUCCCUUAUUGAUAAACUUAAUGAAGAAUCUUUCACAAAACACCAAAUCUUAAACCAUAUUGACUCUGGGAUAGUAAAUCCCAGUUCUCUUCUCCACUUUUAUCUGACAACAAUCUCUCUUUUACUUAGGUCAAUCAGUAAUUUAUAGUUUUUUGCCAAGGGGCAAAACAAAUGUUUUAGAUCCUUCUCUGCUUAAUGCUCAUAUUGGGGGAUUGUGUAAUGCCCAGGAAUAGUUUCCCUAUGAUUUGAGGGUAAACUCUGCAGCCCCAGAUCAAAAUCCUCAGUGUUAAAGAUGCGCUGCAUUCCACUAUAGUUCCAGAAGUGGCUUUUACAUUGCGUAAAAGCUCAACUAUAAUGUGGACAUGAACAGGGAAAAUUGAGUAAGCUACCGUGUGAAUGCAGCCCAUGCCUACUAGAAAGUAAGUUGUUUGCUUCAAUGGGGCUUACCCUCAGGUAAGUGGGGUUGGAAUUCAGCCUUAUCCAUGUGCCUUAAAGAGCAUGAGAUCAUGGCAGAAGGGCAUGUAGAAUUGUUUCAUCAUCCCACUUUACAUUAAGCAACACAAAACACAACAUUCAUAAAAUACAUAGCAGCUUUACUAUAAUCAAUAGGAGCUGGAAUUGGAGCAAUUUGGAGUAUUUUUAUUCCCCUGCCCCAUAAUAUGUCUCUCUCUCUCUCUCUCUCUCUCUCUCUCUCUAUGUUAACUUACACAACAGGUUCCCUUUAUAGGAAAGGAGCAUUAUUUUUGCUAAUACUUUUGGAUUAGUUUGUAUUUUUUUUCACUUUGUAUUGUAUUUUUACAAUGCUAAAUCCAUGGGGGAAAGGGGAAUUGAAAAUAAAACAGUAACUAUUAUAUACCCUUGUAAACCGAUAUUAUGUCUCCCUGUAAAUCUACAGUGCCUGUGUUCUGUUCUUGUGACUCCAUUUCAAAAAGGAGAAACGGAGCUGGAGAAGGUUUUAAAAACUGCAAGUAAAAUGAUGAUCUCUACAAAGAAGAGCUUAAAAGGACAGGGCUCUUUUCUGUUGCCUCUCCUUUUUCAGAAAGAAACUUGAGAGGAAAUGUAACAAAUGGUGCAGAAAGAGCGAACAGAGAGGACUUGGUUUUUGUUUUGUUUUUUCCCAAAACAGUAGAACUUGGAGUCAUCCACUUUCAUUGAAUGGAAACAGGUUCAGAAUCACUAAUCGGGUAUAUUUCUUCAUGCAACAUUUGAUUAACCAGGAAUUAUUUGCUGCAAGGUGGUGGUAACGGCUGCUGGCUUAGAUGGCUUUGAAAAGGGAUCAAGCAAAUCCAUGGGGACCCUCUUUGAUGGGUAUAAACCAGGAGUGGGCAACCUUUUUCAGUCCAAGGUCCACAUUCCCCACUGGGGAACCUUCUGAGGGCCAUAUGUCAAUGGCUAGUGGAGCAAUGAAUGUGACUCUUCUCUUUGCACUGUAGGGUACAGUUCCAGCCCCACCAAACAGUAUCCACAUGUACCUCUUCAGGCAAGGAAGAGACAUGAUUACAGUGCAAAAGAUGUGGAGGACCACCAGUGAGGGGUGUGUCCUAGGAAAGUCCCAGAGGUCAGUUACAGAGGCCUAGAGGGCUGCACUUGACCCUCAGGCCUGAGGUUUCCAACCCUUGUUAUAAGCCAUGGUAGUCUGAAUGGAAUCUCCACCAUUUGGGCACCUAUCUCUGAAUAUGAGAUGCUGGGGACAGGGAGGUUUGUUUUCCUCAAAGGCUGCUUGUAUCUUCUUGGAGACAUCCACUUGAUUGCAGUGGGUGGGUGAGAUGGACCAUUAGACUGAUUCAGCAAGUCAAUCCUUCUGUUUCUGCUCCUUCACUGCUUUGAUCUCAUGCACAUUUUCCCUGCAGGAGGCAGAAUACUGGGCCAGAGAAGCUAUUGGUCUGGUCUUAAGACUUCUGUGUUCAUUUACGUUUACCUCAUUUAGUGAACUGCAUCUAACCCAUAUCCUUCAAUGAUGGUUUACAUCCUGACCCCCUUGAUCCCAUUGUGUUCACUGACAAAUUGUACUGAAGAAUGGCACCUGCCAUUUCAUGCGAUGAAACUCCAGUAGGUGAAGAAAGGAUCCGUCUCCUAAAUCAGCAAGUGAACCAGUUGUGUUUAAUCACAUGGCUUAAGUCGUGUAUUUAAGCUCUGUGGCUGCAGCUGAACACAGAAUUAAAUUCAUGACAGAACGUGGACAUCCAUGAAUUCAGUCCACAGAAAUUGAGGGUUUGCUUCGUGCUGGAUUAUGAAAUACUCGCUCCUGUCGCUUUCUGCUGUGUCCAUAUGACUUGCAAACCAUCCAACAGAAUUUCUGAAGAAUUGUUAUAAUUUCGCAACUCUUCAGUGUGAGCUUUUUGUACUUUGGGGUCACAGCCGUAUUUAGCUGUUUCAGGAAAGAGGCAGGGAGGGUGACAGACUUGGGCUGUGUACAUACCAGAUAUUUAAAGCACAUGACUUCCCUCCCCCAAGGAAUCAUGGGAAAUGUAACUUGACACGUGUGCUGCGCGUUGUAGCUCUGAGGGGUAAAGCACAGUUCCCAGGAUACUUUGGGGGAUGCCAUGUGCUUUAAAUGCACAGGGUGCAUGCAGCCUAAUAGUGCACCGCUGUGCAUGUUUGCUUGGGAGUCAGUUCCAUUGUUUUUAAUGGGGCUUACACCCUGUUAAAGGGACGCGGGUGGCGCUGUGGAUUAAACCACUGAGCCUAGGGCUUGCUGAUCAGAAGGUCAGCGGUUCGAAUCCCCGCAACAAGGUGAGCUCCCAUUGCUCGAUCCCUGCUUCCAACCUAGCAGUUAGAAAGCAUGUCAAAGUGCAAGUAGAUAAAUAGGUACCACUCCAGCAGGAAGGUAAAUGGCAUUUCCAUGCACUGCUCUGGUUCGCCAGAAGCAGCUUAGCCAUGCUGGCCACAUGACCCGGAAGCUGUACGCCGGCUCCCUCGGCCAAUAAAGGGAGAUGAGCACCGCAACCCCAGAGUUGGCCACGACUGGACCCAAUGGUUAGGGGUCCCUUUACCUUUACCUUUACACCCUGUUAAGUGUGCUUACAACUCCAGUCCGGGGCGCUCUUGCAUAUAGGAACAACUACAGUCAGAGGUUGGAAGGGUGUCCUCCUUAGUGGGCAGGCACUGGCUUGGCUUCCACGUUAAUUGGGUGUGUAUGUCCAUGCAGCAACGAUGUCGCCUGAAGCUCAUCACCUAGAGUUCUGCUAGCUCCGCCUGACCCCUUAGGCUGCCGUGCUCACUUUGCCGUCUGUUGCCUGGCAACUGUGAAGAGCAGCACUCUGUAUUUGCGUACCUGCUGUCAGGACCACAUUCUUUUCUCCUUUCCUUUUUUUUUAAUAAUGAAAAAAGGCCAACGGCAAACACAAAGCGAAUUGGAUGGUCUCUCCCACUGUGCUGGAGCGGAAGCGCCGCUGAAGAGGCUGCACACCAGCUGGCUCGAUGUGGAAAAGUGCCCAGUUCGUUGUGUGUGGUGUGUGGGCUUCGGAAUUAUUAGCUGCAACCCACCACAAAGAGAGCAGCCACUGGUGGCACUCUGUGGUACACCCCCCUCAGGUAUGGAUGCCAGCUCCCCCCGCAUCACCGAUUCUGUGUGACUUUGGUGGUGGCACCAUCUGGCUGCCACUCCCUUGCCAACUCUUGUCUGGGUGGCUGUCCUGCUGUCAGUAGUCACUAUCGCUAUGCUCCCCCCCUCCCCAGGGACCCCCGUUAAGUAUGACGUAGGCUCCAGCUGCCCAAGCAUGGCUAAUGGGAGGGGGGAAAGCAGUUUCCACUCAGUGGGAGAUCAGGAUGGUUUUAAUUAUACAUCAGGAUGCUUGACAGCACUACUUGCCCCUUUUGCCUGUCUCUGGUGCACUCUGUCUUCUCUUUGUUCCCCCAUCCCUCCCCUUGUUAUCUCAUGUCAUCUGCCAUUUUCUCAGUCGUCUGGUUAUGAUUCAACCCUUUGCCUCGCCCAUCCUACACAAAUAUUUCUAGGUGCUGCCUUCCCGUCCCUUUCCCCUCAGCUGAGCCUGUCUUUCCUCUAUUUCAACCUCUCUAUUUCCUCUCUAUUUUUUGUGAUUCUGAGGGCAGUUCUAAGGGCAGAACUGCUGACAAAGGGGAGAGAGAGUGGCCUUGCUAGUUUAAACUCCCACCACCACCACCUUUUAAAUAAAACAACAACAACUGGAUAAAUGUCCCUGCUAUUGAGUGGCAGGGUUCUGCCUCUUAAGCAUUUAGAGGAAAAGGUGGGAUAUAAAUGUAAGCUAUAGGUAAAUAAUAAAGAAAUAAAAUACAGCUCCAUCACAAAGUAGAGGAGGCUUGAGCUGGUAUGAGUUGCUGUCUCGUGCAUAUUUCCACUGCGAGUGACUCCGAAUAAGAGCCCAUCACACUUGCACUGUUGCAUCCUAUGCAGUAACCACAGUAGAAAUGUUUGCAGAGCAUUUAGGGCAGAGAUGGGAACCUAUGGCCUUCUGGAUGAUGUUAGGCCUGCAGCUUCCAUUAGAUCCAGACCCCUUGGCCGAUGGUCAGGGGUAAUUGGAGUUGUGGUCCAGCAAAAUUAUGUGGACCACAGGCUCCCCAUCCUGAUUUAAAGGUUAAAAUGAGCACCAUCUUGUACUUUGAAGCAAACUUGGAGCCAGUCCUGUUUCAAAGCCAGGAACAGGGUAUGUUCCAUUCGGCUAGACCUUUCUGUUGUUUAUGGACUUUCCAAGUGUUUCAGUGCAACCCCAUGUACACUGUGUAACAACAGUCUAAAUGAGAUGUUACUGGAGUGUGGGUAACCAUGGCCAGGUGUGAUUGCAGUUGGCACACCAGCUUGAACUGGGGGAAGGUGCUUUCUGCCACAGAAGUCACUUGGGCCUCCAAGGGUAAGGCUGACUCUCAGAGCACCCCUAAGCUGUGAACCUGAUUCUUUUUGGUGAAUGCAGCUCUAUACAGAAGAAGCUGAAUUCUACUUUCUCAAGUCAGAUGAAGCAUCCACCAAAAUGGUUUCAUCAUGUCCUCACUGAGCUUCUGCUUUAUUGGCUGAUCAGUUCAUUAUUGGCUACACACCUCAAUCUAGCAAUUUACUAGCCUCACCUGAAUCUGAUGAAAAGGUGAAAGUUUGGUUUCAUCAGCUUAUUGGUCUCCAAGAUGAUGUCAGAAGUUUCAUGUAGAUGAAACAAAAUAGAAUCUUGCAGAUCCUCCAGUGUCGCCUUGCAUCUUCUGGAUAGAGCCAUCAAGAUAGAAAUGGAAGCAUGGUGCCCGUUGUCGCCAUCCCAGAAAACUGGUCCAAAAGGUGUCCAUACCUGAAGGAAUCAGAAGAGGUGAAGGAGAAUUUGAUUAUGGGGAUUAUGGCAUAAAUGUGCUGGCUUUAGAUUUGGCAAUUCUUAAUGAAGAGUGGGAAUGUCAUUCUAUUUAUAAUAAUAUAGUGAAAUGAUGGGUUGAUUCUUUUAGCACAGAAUCAGGAUGAUUUUAAAGCAAAGUUAAGACAACAGAUGGCAGAUUACCUGAUUGCAUAUCAAAACAGGGCCCACCUAUAGUGUUUUACCCUUUUCAGGCUUAUUAAAUCAUUCAGUUUCUCUUGUCUUCUUUCCCUCAUUCAUUCACCAUAGGUAAUGUAGGGACAGAGAUGGAUGCAGUUGGCAUUCAUUUUUUUCCGCACUGAAGAAUGAAGUGUGUCUGGGUGGCAUUUAAAUGUUGAAGAAGCUUCUUCUUUUGAGGGCAAUCUUUCCUAGCAGCUGCUGGUGGCAUCAACUUUUAAUUUGGAGAAGCUGACUUAAAUGACCUAUUCUAGAAUGCUGGUACACCUCUGAUUAUAAUGCCAGUUGGCAUUUCGACAGGACACAGCAGGCGACACAUUCAAAGCACUAUUCAGUCAUACAUACUGUAUAACAUUGCUUAACCCUUCCUUCUCUUGGCAUAGUUCAGCUUUAAAUGUGGAGUCUGGAAUCGCUGGGUAUCAGCUUUGGAUUUCUUCUCUCUUUGUUCUUGCGUCUCUGUAUUUCUAGUUGUUCAAAGAAACAGAUUCUCUUUCUAAGCUUCACAGUGACCUUAGGAAGUUGCCUUAUUAGGGAGCCAGACCAUUGGCCACCCAGCUCAGGUGAGACUUACACAGGCACAGGUAACCUGCUGCCAUCUACAAUCCACACUGAAGUCCCUGGGGGGGGGCAUAUCUUAUUUUAUUUUUUAAUAAUAAUUUUUAUUAGGGUUUAUAGAGAGAAACACAAAGCUUAAUAUCAAAUACCAUUUUUAUCCAAACUAAAAUAUUAAUCUAAAUAAGAUAAAAACAGCGAGAGAGGGGGAAAGAGAGAUAUAUAUAUAUAUAAAGAAAAAGAAAUAGAAAAGGUAUUAAAAGAGAGAGAGAGAAAUAAAGAAAUUAAAGAACUUUAGAUUCUUCAUCUGUCUGCUAUAUAAAAACAAUAUUCACUUCAUCCACCCCAAUAUAGCACCCUUUGGGUGGUGGGGAGUAUUUUCCAUAAAUUAAAUUGCAGCUCAGGAAUCCCAGUGUAUGGAAUACGCCGCUAUAUCUCGUUCAUUGGUAAUGCCACGCCUUUCUUAGAGGUGCAAUUAAAAAUGCGAGGUUCUGAAGCCACGUGUACUGCAUCCUCAUUCUGGGCCAUGCAGCUCUUCGGUGCAUGUCCAUCUUGUAAAGUGCAGGAAGUAGAUUGUCUCUGAAAUUUCACUUUUUAGAAACCCUGGCAUGUGCACCAGCCCAGAGAGUUGUGUGUGCUUAGAGUUCAGUGUUGCUCCUCCCCCCCCUUUUUAUUAAAAGGUUGAUGCUGGCGCACCUUCACACAACUAUUUAAAUAUUAAACUUCAAAAUUCUUAACUGAAAAAACUCUGCCCUGUGCUUGCAAAUAAGGAUGUGAUUUGGGUCAGGUUGUACGGGAGAACUGUGGUGUACUUAGCGUUCCUUUACUCUGUUUUUGCUGCCGGGAAAAGGAUGCACCCCAGUUGGCUGCUUAGUGCGUGGUCAAAAACUGUUUCACAGUAAUGAACGCUAACCAUCCUCUGCAGCACUGGCAGCAUUUUCCAUUUGUGACCUCUAGCUGCUGAGAGUUGUGCAGUUCAGGGCCUAUUAAGGAGGAGUGACCUUUGUAUGUCAUUCCACAGCAUACAUUUCUCUAGGUGGCUUAAAACCUCAAAAUAAAGGAAAGAAACACAAAGUAAAACAUAAAUUCAUUAAAAAGGGGGCGAGGCCUCAGUAAAACAGAACUUAGCACACACCCCAAAAUAAAAUAAAAUAAAAUAAAACCUAAGUUAGUUCAACAGAUGGAAUUCCAUCACAGGUAUUUUAUUUACUAAUAAUAUUUAUAUACUGCUAAUCAUUCAAGCAUCUCUAGGUGGUCUUGAAUACUAAUUUAUUUGGUGAACUGUGAAGGUUUAGGGGAAGAUUUGGGUUUUCAAAUUAAGUACAGCUAUGCAGGUGCAGGUUUAGUAGCUGUAAAAAAAAUGGUCCAACCAUUGAGAGUAUAAUGAAGGAUAAGAUUUUGUUCUGCGGAUUCAUCCUGCCCUGCCCAAGGUUAAAACUAAAUACGAGGUGGGGGAAAGAAUGCUAAGCCAUUCUCACCAUGGGAAUCAACAGUGCAAGGGCAAUGUGAUGAAUUAAAAGACAAAACAGAAACACCAACAUAGACAAGUCUGUAAAACCCCAGAAUAAAAGCUCAGUAAGUAGCAUUAUUACUACAUGUCGGGGAAUAUAUCUUGCAAUCCACAUGCUAGCAAGAAGCAGCAGUAUUGCAAAAUAACACUAAUGUCAGAUGCCAUCUUGCAUCAACAUGACCAGUAGUCCAAGAUGAUGGGAGCUGAGGACCAGCAACCACUGGAGGCGCCCAUGGGGCUCUCUAGGGUUUCGUUUAGGCAUCUUUCCCAGCCCUGCCUGGAGAUACCAGGAAUUGAAUCUGGGACCUCUCCUGAGCUUGAUAUAUAUCCUUCCUUUGCUCCUCCUGCCAGGAAAGCUUAGCUAUCCAUUAUCUGUAAUUGCCUUAAUCUUUUUAAAACGCACCUAAGGCCCCGGGUUGCAUGAAAUGGGUAGUGCUAUGGGGAAUAAUAGCACAGUGUGUGAAGGUGAGAUGCUGCUAUCUUCUUUUGCAAAAUAGUUUGCUGGCCAAGGGCAUUGAGUGGCACCAGCGAGGCCCAGAAUCCGAGAUUCUAGCAGGGCAAGCCUCAUGCUCAAGUUAUACAAUUGCCCGCAAAUGGGAUGCGAAACAACUGAGGAGCUAUUUGGAAAAACCUUUCAAGCGAAACCACUCUACAGUUAGCCUAAUGUCAUCUUGGGUCAUGCCCAUCAUGUGAGUGCUAUGUGUAGGUGCCACUAAAUUAAAAGCACCACCACCAGAAUGUUACUGCCAGCCGUAUUUAUGUACUGUUCAGAAACACAAAGAGAUGCUCUCUGUUCAUAAUGUGGAGCCUUUUGCAAGCAGAUCGUUGUCUAUAGAGAGACUACAAAGCAGCUACAGUACCUCUUUCCCCUCUAGUCGGCCCCCACUCCAUCAGUUCCUGCUGCCUGGAUAAUGUAGAAGGGGCCUGAGAGCACCAUGAUGGAUUGCAGGGACCAUCUUCUGCUAGACACCUUUGAUCUAGUAUUGAUCUGGCUGGACUGCCUGCCUAAUGGAUAAAAAUGGUUUUCCCUCUCUGCUCAGCAUCUUCAUAGGCUUCCCAACAAGAGCAGCAGGGCAGUAAUUCUCCCUGGGUUUCUUCUAGAGCAUUGGCUUCCCUCUGGAGACCUCUUGACAAAUGCUGAGGCCACACUUCUAACACAACGAUUGUUCCACUGGAAAGGAGGGGUGGUUGAGGAGCUACUGAAAUAGUUCUUUGAAAUAAAUGGGCACAAAGUCCAAAGCAGGACGGGGCAGCCUCCUCAUAACAAAGAUUAAGAUAUGGUUAAUUCCACCCAACAUGACUUCACCCUUGGCACCCUGAAUGUUGGUACCUUGUUGCAGUUGCUUGGGAUCCCGCAGCUGUUGCGUGAAGGCCUCUGUGAGCAUGGCAGGGGGAUGUGGGUUGUGGUGGUAUCUACCAGUGGUAGUGGGAGCAGGUCAAAGACUGCUGGAGAGCACAAUCCAGCAAAGCAGAUAGAAAGAUGGUCCUCCAUGAUCUGACAGACCAUGAACAGCUGCCAUUCUAGCAUCGGUCAGAAAAGUGCAGGCCUCAAUGUGUGCUCCACACAGCAGGCCUAGAAUAGGACUGAAAGAGGCCACAGUCUCGUUUGGAGACUAAACCUUUCUCACCCUCUUGAAUACAUGACUGGCCAUAUAGCACUGAGCCUCUGCCUAAGCCUGUGACCUGCCAACAAUCCCCAGCGGGUGGUUACCUGGUAGAAAGAGCCAGUUUGGGCUGACAAGGCUGACAAGGGGGCAUUUCCCUGGAAAAACUUGUAAGUUGCCAAUAAAGGAUCCACGUUGCUAGAUAUUGAUGGAUAGAGCUAAGAGCCUGGUCAAGAGCUUGCCCUGGGUGCUCAGACUCUACUGGGCAAGGUUCAAAGUUCUUGUAUUCAUUUACAGUGCCCUUAUUAACAUGGGGGCCAGAUGCCCCAAGGACCAUCUAUUCCUUAUAUCCCUGCCAGAUCACGGAGGUCUUCCACGGGGGUCUCUGCUAGUGGUCCCCUCAUGGCCCUGACGCCUGGCUUGUAUCCAGCAGGAGCUGUUCAUUCAGCAUUGUGUGUCUGGUGCCUUUAUUAUACACUGGAUAGCUCAGUUGGUUAGAGCAUGGUGCUGAUAACAUCAAGGUCGUUGGUUUGAUCCCCAUAUGGGACAGCUACAUAGUCCUGCAUUGCUAGGGGUUGGACUGGAUGAUACUUAGGGUCCCUUCCAACUCUACAGUUUUAUUAUUCUAAGCUUUUGGAGAAUGCUGAAGAUGUGGCUCUUUACCCUGGUUUUUGACACUUGAGGUAAAUGUUUUUAGAACCCACCUUAUUUUUAUGGUUGUAAGUUGUUUUACUAUUGGUUUUAAUGCUGUAAUCUGCCCUUGGACCACAGAGUGAACUUCUGUAUGUUUUAAAGUAGGGUUGCAUUUCCACCCCUUGAUUUUACUGUUUUAUCUUUUGUAAACUACGUUGAGGUUUUUAACAAAAUCAAGUGAUGCAUAAAUUUUAAACGAAUAAAAUAAAAUUGUUGCCCCCUAUUUUGUGGAACUCCCUUCUAGUUGGGCAGAGCCUUUGUUGAACUUCCAGCACCUACUGAAUAUAUUUUUUUUAAAUCCCAGCAUGGAUUUAAUAAAUUUAACUGAUUUUUACCUUUUCUGUAUUGUAUUUCUUAUGCUUUGUUUCACUACGUUUCUCAACAUAUCUUAAAUAAAGGAUGUGGCGGCUGUGGAGUUGGGCUGGUGUGAGUUUUAGUCCAAUGCCAUCUGUAGGACCACAGGUUCCUCACUUCUGAGUUAAAUUUUCUAUAGUCAUAUAAUUUUUCCUCACCCUGAGGCAUUCUGUCUGACUUUGGGAUGUUUCGUCCACACUCUGAGACAACAUUCUUUGCUCUCUCUCCCCCUCUGCAUUCCAAAUGGUUCAGUUAGUGUUUGGUUCCUCGGGAAAUAAGGGCCAAUCUAGUAAAGAGGGGCUUGUUUGCAUCUCUUUGUAACGGGUCAGAGCAUGACCUGCAGGAGAGAGAGCAGGUGGACGCUUGCCCAGGCUGAUGUGUGGAGCACUGGGUCUAAGAUUGAUCUGGGGUACCAGGAGCAGUUGGGGGGAGGGCUUACCAGGGCAUUCCACUGCAUUGAUUUGCGGAGGAAGCACCAUUAAGUGCAAAUCCAUCUUAAUUUAUUUUUAAGACAUUCCUAUGUCCCGUUCCUCAUUUUGCUUUGUUAGAUCUCUGCGUGAGCUCUAGAAAUUGCAUCUUAAAGCUCAACAUAUUUUUCCCCCCAAGGCGUUUUUCAAAGAGAUCUUCUAAGGAGUGCAUUUCCCUUCAGAAACAUUGAGCAGGAUGCUGGUGGCGCAUGGGAUCAGAAUACAAAUAGCCUGCUUGCUUCAUGUUUGCUGAGUAACUGCUCAGUUGCUCAGGCGAUGUGUGAGCAGAGUGGCGUUCUCGCCCCCCCCCCAACAGUGCUUUGAAAAGCUGCAUGUGGAUGUGAGUGUUAAUCAUGGCUGGAUAGUCAUGUCUUUCCUGGGUCCAAUGCACAGAUCUUGCUCUGAAGGCUGAUUCCCGGCCUGUGUAUGCAAAUGGAAGUGUGGGGGGAAAACCCUGCAUACAAGCCCAUUGCCCCUAGAUGGGUACCCUGUGAAAAAGUCUCAUCUCACAGGACUUUAUAUAGUUCUGGAGAGGUGGUUUUGCCAACAUGUGCAGAAUGGGAUGGACAGAUGCACACACACAUGAAUCUGAUAUUCCUUCUGUGGGUUUAUUCUGAAGCAGAUGUUCCCUUGAGAAUCAGGGCAUGAAACAACUCUAGGUGAAACUUCAGCCAGCCAUACACACAUCUCCCUCCUUGUGAGUCCAGUGCAACAACUUAGCAGUUGCAAAGGAGCAGAAUUUUUGCAUUCAAAUUAAGAAGGAGCAAAUUUAAUUUCAGUUUCUCUGAGAGUGGAAGUUCUAAGCUUAUUUAUAUGUACCGUAAUAUAUGUGUGUGUGUGUGUAUAUUUUGAGGGGACGUGGGUGGCGCUGUGGGUUAAACUACAGAGCCUAGGACUUGCCAAUCAGAAGGUCAGCAGUUCGAAUCCCCGCAACGGGGUGAGCUCCCCUUGCUUGGUCCCUGCUCCUGCCAACCUAGCAGUUCAAAAGCACGUCAAAGUGCAAGUAGAUAAAUAGGUACCGCUCCGGCGGGAAGGUAAACUGCGUUUCCGUGCGCUGCUCUGGUUCGCCAGAAGCAGCUUAGUAAUGCUGGCCACAUGACCCGGAAGCUGUAUGCCGGCUCCCUCAGCCAAUAAAGCAAGAUGAGCCCCGCAACCCCAGAGUCGGCCCCGACUGGACCUAAUGGUCAGGGGUCCAUUUACCUUUACCUUUUUAGCCAACCUCUAAAAAUGGAUUUGGGGUUGAAUCAUUAAGUGGUCCACCAAGACCCUCGGUAAUUGUGAUGUGUGUGUGUGUGUGUGUGUGUGAGAGAGAGAGAGAGAGAGAAAGAGAAAUUCUGCUAUUGACUCUUAAAUAGAUCUGCUUGAAACAUGAAGCCUGCUUGCAUGGCUGACUGUUGUGCCUGCCCACCAGCCUGGAGGAAAUGUGCAGUCUUGUAGCAUGCUCUCGCCUGGCUAUAGAAGUAAUAACCCCUGCUGGAUGCCAGCUUUCAGUUUUGCAUGAGAGUAGUGUAGGCUGCCUCCCUUUCUUCUUCCUGCAUAUUAACCUGCAGGCAUGAGACAGUUCUGGGGUAUGGAAACUAUUUGUAUCCUAUGCUAUCAAUGUAUCAUUGAUUCUUCUUAGUUCUUCUCUUUCUUUUUGAUGACUCUAGGCUGGGUGACUUUGUCUCCUUCAAUAUUAUGUUUGCAUGGUCUAUAUUGACAGCGUGUGUGUGUGUGUUUAGCUGAAAUAUUGAUUGUAUUUUAGUGUCCCAUUGUUCAUUUUUACAGAAUUUUGUACAUAUUAACCCAGUGUUUUCUUAAGGACUGAAUAAAAAGCUUUAUUACAGCAUCUUUAUGGCCAGAUAUUUUCCCCCUGUAUGGUGUUGGGGUUUUUUUUUGAAAUUGUCAUGUUUGGAUGAUGAUGUUAGCCUCUCUAGACUUCCUUUUGGAGGAAAAAGAAGGGAAUAAAUAAAUAGAUAGAUAGAUAGAUAGAUAGAAGGAAUGUAAAAUGUAUGUUGGAAAAGCUCCGGCUUGCAAGUUGUCCCUGUCUGACCACCAGCAGCUUGCAACUUUUUUGUGGCUUUUUGUCUCAGAAAAUAUGAGUGACUCUCUAAAAACUUGGGUAGGAGAGCUGAAAAUAAUGCCAAUAUAUUUCACAACUGGCAAACAAUACACCCCUUUGGGUUCAGAUGGUACAUGGGUAGAUGAGUCUAAAAACCCCAGGACACAAAUUUUCACAGCCCUCUUGCGGCUGUGGAGGCUCAUUUGUAACCAGAAGUAAUGUAUUUAGCAUUAACUCUGGAAGUAUAUACUCGAUUCUGACCAAACUAAGCCUCCUGGUGUGUAUUUUGUUCUAGGGGGCUUAGUUUUCCUACCCCACUAAUGUGUUUUUUACUGCAGUUUAUAAAAGCAAAUAUUAAUAAAGGAAUUAAGUCUUCCCAAACAUGUAGCUGCUUUUACUGUAGUUUCUGUUUCAGAGGACAAUUUCAGGGGAGCAUGCUUGUGUGUUCUGCUUGGUGGAAUUCACAGGUGGCUGAGAGCAUCCUUUUAGAGGGAAACCUCUAUCAGCUAUCAAGCAGGAUACUCACAGAAUAGGAGGGGGGGAAUGCAUUACAGCUAUACUAUGUGCCCAAACCUGCCUCAAAACUCCAAUGAUAUUGAUCCUGGGAAGCAAGCCACCCUAAUAGCCUCUCUCUUAGUUUACUGUGGGCUGGCUCUGUACAUAUUCCAUUGCCAGAACCUUUCCAUUAACUCUUGUGCAAAUGCACCAACAAUAGUCAUUCAAGGUCUAACUCCUUCACAGCAGAAUGGAAAUAUAAACACAGAAUCGGAAAAAAGGAAUGUACAGUGCAAAACACAACUAUUUAAGAACCCAAAUAUUCAGAUACUUCUGUUUUGAUGCUGAGACUAUUGUCACUUUUAUUACAGGACACAUUUGUGUACAUUUAAAGUAAACCAGAUAUUGGUUCAAUUCACUAAUUUGUUUGGAGGAUUUGUAAUACGCAAUAGGCUCAUAUGCUUGUUCCUUCUUGCAUCCUCCCUUUGUAUCCCAGUUUUCUCUUCCAUGAUUUGGGAUCAAAUGUACUAUGAUGUUUGCAAGAAUCAAGCAAACUAUGGUGAUCAUUAACAUGGAUUUGCUUCUGAAACAUAGUUUGCAAACAUACUUUGAAGCAUGGUUUCAGAUGGUGAUUUCAAGGCAAUUCUUGGUUAAUACUAACCAUAGUCCGCUCAAUUUGGUCAUCAUGGCAAACUGCAGUUACUCUAAACCCCUAAAAGGAAUGCAUGCACAGUUAGUUAGUUGAUAUGGAUUGCUAUUGUGGGAUCUGAACUGAGUUUGCAAACCAAAUUACAAAAGAAACUAAUUUGCAUUCGUUAUGAUUUAUGUUCUUGCAUGUGCAAUGGCUGCUGCCAAAAAUUGUAUGUAUGCAGUCUUGGGGGAAAUGGAAGAACUACAAGGAAAAUGCAGGAAAACAACAACUGGAUUAUUAUGUCAUCAUAAUGGCUCAGAAAAAAGAGGAUGAACAAAUCAUGGCUAUUCCAGAAUAAAUACUAGUGUGGAAAUAACCAGAAGUGGAAAUCAUGCAAGUACUGAAUACAUGAUGUAUAGAAGUUCUAAAUAAUCAAUCCUCCAUGAGUCUAGAUGCUGAAAUAGAUCCAACAUGAAAUUUGAGUUUGACUGUUGACACCAGUAGUUGUAUGUUAUUGCGGUUAAAAUGGGCUGACCCUACCACUAGCUGAGUGAAGUGGCUGCCUCAGGCAGCAGGUGCUGAGGGUCAGGAGUAAGAACAGCCGAGUGUACUAUGCAGCCUGCUCUGUGCUCCUUAGCUAGCCUGCUGUUUUUGGCUGCAUGCAGUGAAGGACAUUAUUUUAUCACCAGUGUGGACAUAAGAUGAAACUACCAAUCUGAUACAUGGAACAGGGGAGGCAAAAAUGCAUUGGGAUGGGCAUGCUGUUGAAUAAUGGGAAACACAUUCAAUAUACAGUUUCCUCCCUCCCUCCCUCAAUUUCUGCAUUAUUUGUCCCAGCAAUCUGUCAGCAACAGAGAAAAAGAGAGAGAGGAUGUUGUUUGUCAGCUUCAUGAAGCUCUGGAUUUCUGGAGCAUCUCUGGGGAGCAAGCAUCAGGCAAUGCCUUGUAGAAUUCAGCAGCCAAUUAGGAUCCUGCAUCAGCCCCUUAUCCUCCACUGAACUGGCUAGAGCUGCUCUAUAAAUAUCCAUAGUUUGGUUUGGAUUGGCUCUUUGGUUCAUCUUUUUUCUCCCUUUCACAAUAAGCAGUCUCUAAUGAGAAUGCAUGAGGAGCAGGGGCUUAGUGGCUUCCAAAGUUACGGUCCCUUCACAUUCAUGUUUUCCUACAGAUUACAAAGCCAUACAGAAGGCAACAGGAGGGUUUAAAAGAGAGUGGGAAUGUUUUCAGUUAAGAUGACUUUGGAUUGCCUUCAACUAUGAGCACUAAAGAUCUAACACAGCCUUCUCCAACCUAGCACCCUCAACAUGUCAAAACAUGUAGUCUAAAGACUACAGCUCCCAUCAGCCCCCGUACUGGCUAGGGAUGAUGGGAGUCAUAGUCAAAAGCAUCUGGAGGGCACCAGGUUUGGGGAGGCUGAUCUAGCACAGUGAGGGAGGGGGGAACAUUCGAGAUCAAAUGGGUUUUUAACUGGUGGUGUAGUAGAUCAAUGCAGAGUCUCCCCGCUCUCUCAUUAUUAGUGCAUUGCAUGAAAAUGCAAGAGAUUGUCAGUUCCUCUCUCUCCAUUCCCCAGCCUCAAGAGACCUGCUUUUUCUCCAUUGAAAGCAUGCUGCUCACUCACAUCUGCAAUCCUUCAAUCCAUCUUUCCUGCUGGUCUCCUGAGUACCACGAGAGCAGCAGGAAGGUUGGUAUAGAGAAAUUGCUCUUGGGCUUGGGUUUAUAAGUUUCCAAACAUCCCCAGACACACCCAGGCAGCUUUCUGCUAUUUCCAGAGGUUGGCAAAUGAAAUUUUGCUUGCAAAGCAGGGAUUCUUCUUCUUCUUCUUCUUUUGCUUCUACCUUUAGAGGUUUUAGAGAGCAGCAGGAUGGACAAACUGGUGCCCAAUCCAGACACAUUAGAAUCAUGGACUUCUCUGUUUUUGUGGCAGCUCCCAUACCUGGUGACUUUUUAAAAUAGCUUCUCAGCAUGAAGUGAGAAAUGGCUUAUCAAGAACCAAUGAGAUGGUUCUUUCAAUCCUUCUUAUAUCUGUGCCUCUUCCUCCUUCUCUAGCCACAGCAACAUGCCCCCCUCCCACCUGGUUUUUUGCCCCCCUACAACAGCCAGUCGGCAUUCUGUGUCCAGUGAGCACAACCAGAUGCCUUCAUCUGCCCCAACUGCAACAAAAUAUGCCUCUCCCAUAUUGGUCUCUACAACCACAACAGGUGCUGCAACCUUCCAGCAGUUUGACUUCACCCCUCCAUUGUCUCCCAAGACAGAUGUAUGCCAGCAACAAGUGAUGCUUCGUACUGAGAGUGUCUGUAGAUAUUGUAUCUUCCAGCACUGUGCGGAAGGGAAAGAGACUUUGGCUUCCUAUUUUUGCACGUCUUCUGUAUCUUCCAUAGUUGGGGUAGCUUUUCCAUGGUGAAAUGCAUGAGUUACUAGCCCGCAAUGGUUAUGUUUUACUGUUGGCUCAUGCCAAAUGCCUGUCUAGUUCAGCAUCCAAUUCUCACAUUGGCCAACCAGAUGCCUCACAAGCCCACAAGGAGGACCUGAAUGCAAAAUCAUUCUCCCCACUUGUAAUUCCCAGCAACUGGUAUUCAGAGGCAAAUUACCUCCUACAGUGGAUGUAGGAGGAAUGCUAAGGUGUUAAGCUGGUUGGCUUUGAGCCACAGAGAGCAGCUCUGAGGCGAAAUAUGGUCUCUCUCCACCCCUUUCCUUCAGCUGGGAUUCUGAUAGGGGUGGGGUGAGAGAAAAUCAUACUAAAGACCCUCACACUCCUUCUGGUGUGAGCUGAACACCAGGGUGCUCAUUAAACCUAAAGACGGAUCCCAUCUCUUCAGAAGGCACACCAUGCAGGGAAUUAGCAUACUUAAUUAAGGCUCCCGAUGAAUGGCAUUGUAAAGUUUCUUAAUUAACAAAUGUGCCCUCGGGGCAGGGGGAUGGGUCUUAAACCAGGUUUGCUUUAAAUGUUUCUCUUUUUAAUGUGCAUUUUGUAAUCAGGAAAUCAGCUGGGGUUUUGUUUGUUUUUUGUUUUUGGAUGGGUAUACUGAGAAGUGUUUUCUGUGGAGAUACCUAGGUAUGGAAGUGUGGCAAGAGAAGAGGAGGUCCUGUGAGCCUCUUCGAGGCAUCUGUUCUAGAGAGUUCUCAUAGUUUGGGUUUCUUACUUGAAUUGCCUGGCUUCAAUCCAUCAUCUGAAAAAUACAAAAAUACCAUAUGUUGUGUAAGAAAUGUAUAACUUCCAAGCCUGGCCCCUGAAGCUCUGCAUGUAAUGUCCCAGUGGCCUUUUGUAGAACAGUUUUGCAUGCACACUUCCCAGGGGGGUCAGCACUGGGCAGAUUUCCAGCUUGUGAGAUCUACUUUGUUUUUAAAUCAACCCAAAGGUGGAAAAGACAAACAUUUAGAAUUAAAUCAUUCUGAGCCCAGGAGCUUGUUUUGAAUGGAGCUUACAGUCUUUCUACACACAAAUUCACUGCUGCCUUGACUCCCAGCUUUCUUCAUUUCUGCAGUUUGAUUUAAAGGGGGGGGCAGUUGUUGUUUUCGUUGCCCUUGUUACUCAACUGGAAAUCAGAAGUCCCUUCUGAUCUGCUUCGAAACACCCACAGAUCUAGUAGCAGAUUGCAGUCUACCUUCUGCCCAACCCUGAUAUAGGUGGCCAAUAACUUGUAGACAUUCAAUGAAACUGAACAUUGGACAAUUCAAGACAGAUUCAUAGAAUCAUAGACCAUGAGAGAAAGGAGCUAACACUUCCCCCCUGAACCUCUUUCCCUGAUGACACCCCCCCCAACCUGCUGCUUUUUGCUUUGAUAGGAAGCACAUGGAUGCAUUUAUAUGGUUUUAGAAGGGCGGAAUGAACAGCACAUGGAGUGAAGUUAGAAGGUACCUCGAAGGUCAUCCAGUCCAAACCCAAGCAAUACAAGAAUCAAUAAUUUUGUGUCAGUUUAAGGAAUUUGUACUCUACCCUUCAACAGAUUCACAUGGUUACUUAACAAAAAGUUUAAAAAAAUACGAAAAAGCAAACCUAAAAGGCAAAGGGUGAACUGCGGCACAGUUCCCAGUUCAAAUUGCCUAUGUCCCCUACCACCACCAGAUUGCUAUUUGUAGAAGUUUUUUUGUAUCUCUGCUUCUUUGUUGUCACAUCCACCUGGGCCUUGAGUGCCCCAAAGAAUGUCCAUCCUGUGUUUAGAUGAGGACUCUUGUAUUAUUGCUGGUCACAGCGUCCAUUAUUUUAAUUGCAUCUCUGUGGCUUUUGUGUGUUUCCUCCCCUGCCCCUCUCCAGUUGGGAAGACGUCGUUGAUCACAAGGUUUAUGUAUGACAGCUUUGACAACACAUACCAGGUGAGUUUCAUCGCCUAUGAGGCACUCAACUGCAUGAUGCAUGGUAAUAGUAAAAAACAAAAGUUUCCCAGUGUUUUGGAUAGCCAUGUCACAUGACCAAGGCUGCAAAAUAAUAAUAAUGCUCCCCUCUUUUUCUUUUUGACAAAUGAGCAGAAGAGGAGUAGCAGAAUUCAAAUCUGAGCAGUGUUCAGCUUUUGAUCACCUGCACCUAUCAGCAUAGAUGUAGCCUCAACUUCCCUGUGCUUUCUUCUUCUGGUUUAACCUUGCCACAACCCCAGAAAGGCACAUAGCCCCCCCCCCCAUGGCUUCAGUUGGUUCAGCUCUGAAAUAAGCCAAGCCAUUUCUCCCAAAAGUCAGGAAAUAGACUCAGUCAUUUCUGAGCUAAUCUGAAUCUGACCUCGUCUCCUGCCUUUCUUUAAAAACCUGCUUAUGUUGCUGGCAUGGGCAGUGUCGGCAUAACAGCAGUAGCAAGAAACUGUAUGGAAACAGAAGGGUGGUUGUUUCUGCUCCCCCCCCCCGCCUCCUUUCUGGUGCUUGACACACUGUAAAGCAAUAUGACAGAGGAUAGAAAGCCCUGGUAGCCUCUGAGAAAUGUAUUUGCUUGGGGAUGUGACCUGCAGCCAUGAUCCCAGUCACUCAUGCAUCCACUGAGUCUACACACUUGCAAAACAUUUGAAUUGGUCUGUUUGCUGACCAAGGCAGUAUUUGUUCAAAUGGAAACAAUACCGUACUCUUAAAAAAGAUCACGCUCCCUGUUGCAAAGGAGAGGCCAUUCUCCUAGGAUGAGUCCCCAAAUGGGAUGAUUAUCCAUGGCAAGGACAGCGACAUCUGUCUUGCAGGCUGCAUCUGUUCACUGGAACAGGAAAAUACACACCGAACAAGUGAGCUCUCCCCAUGGAUGAUGCAACCCACGAAGCUAUUGUACGUUACACAAAAGGCUGGUUUCUUGCUCGGCCAUCUUCAAGGGUGUGGAACUGCAAAGGUGCCCACGUUGCUCUCUAUAGAUGAGAAUUUGAGCUCCUCGGUCUGCCUGCAAUAAGCUUUGCUUUUCCUCAGGGUGAUUCAAAAUUAUGUUUCUUGGCUGCCAGCAAAUAAUUUUUCCAUCAAUCUGAAUGUUUGAUCUGCUCAUGCAUUGUUCAACAGUUAUCCAUUACUGUAUCAGUUUUGCAACUGUUAAUAUGCUUUCUUUUUGCACUCUGCUGGGUAUGACUCCCGGAAAGAAAUGCAGAUUAAUUUCAUGUUUAAAAAACUUAAAUGAUUCACCAGGUGCUUCCACUAUGCACCUGAAUCCUAAUUUAGUUAUUGUGGGUUGACAUUCUAUUGUGCCAAUCAUUAUUGAACCGUGGAGCAGUAAAAUGUUAACCCAUAUUGGAAAAAAUGGAACCUUGGACAAAUUGUGAAGCAAUUGGUUGACUAUGUUGCUACCAAGGCUAGCAUAAAGAACUGCAGCAAUCAUUUCUGGCAAUAUUUUGAAGGCUGCUAAUGAAACAAUCCACAACAUGUGGGGUGUGACCAGAACCCCAUGCAGUGUAAGGGUGCUGAGACCCACCUCUUCACCACGAUCCCUCGGGACUGCCCUAUUUACAGUACAGAUUUGAGAUUAGUCUUUGUACCAAUUUCAAUACAAUACCCUCAGCCAAAUAAUUCUAGGAAUUACAGUGUGGUGAGCCUCAACCUGCCAGCUCCUACAGGUUCCUGGAAUGACCAGUUUAUUAUAUUUUUAUGCCUCACAUUAUUUCAGCCCUCAUUUUAGGCCCUUUUCAUGGGUGUGGACCAAGGAAUUUACAAUCCUUGCAGAUCUGUAAAUGCUUUACAUGCCAGGAGAUGUUGUUGUGCUUCCAAGUUAAUGCUUCUUCUUUUUUUUAACCUAUCGAGCUCUUGCAAUUUUCUUGCUGCAGUGGAAAGUGAGGUUUUCUUCAGACUUCUUAUGUAGCACCAAAGGGCAGUUUUUGGGUUCUGAAAGACCUCCUUGAUCCUUGCUUGUGCUCCUGGCAGUGCUGGUUCCAGGUCUGAGGUGACUGGGCAGUGGGCCUCCUGUUCGUCUGAUGGGCCUCCUGUUCUGUCAGUAGCUCAUGGUGGGCUUACCUGGUUACGGCGGCGGCAGCAGCAGCAGCACUCCAAGCAGAUCUGGGCAACUGGGUCUUGCCACCCUUUCAGUUUCUUACAACAUUCCAGUGUGGCACUAAGCCAGGAGCAUUGUGGGAAACUAAGGCUGCAUUCAGACAAGGGGAUUGUUGCAUUAGGUUUCCUGGUUAUAAUAUUACAGCUUCUGCCCCAUAUGCUAACUUUUCUAACAUGGGAAAAUAGGAAUCUCUAACAGAGAAUUCUCUCUUUUUUCUGGUGCUGUCACUGACUUAGAAGAGAGGACAGUCACUCAGAGAAGCUGGGAAAGCUGCUUUAAUUGCCCACUUCACUUCCAUUUCCCCCCUGAGUGUUGUUUUUCUUCAUCUCUGGGUUGGGGAGCACGUUCAUCACCUCCCAGAAGGAUGCCAUUCCUGCAGCAGCGCUCUUACGGUUUACGCUUUGAAACAGAACACGUUCCAUUCAGGCUAAAAGGUGAUUGGCCUUCAGCAAUUAUUUCCUCUCCUGCAUUGGGCUUAAAGAGCCACCUGACUCAGUCAGUGUUGCAAUUUAGUGAGGUAAACAAACACCCCAUUCACCUCUUGACAAGCAAUUUAAAAUGCAUCACAGGAGCAGCACUGCAUGAGCACACGAGAUGGAUUCUCUCGUUAAAGACUGCUGCAAUUUCCACGAUAGCCUUCUUGGGCCCUACAAAAAAAAGAAAGAAAGAAAGAAAGAAAGAAAGAAAGAAAGAAAGAAAGAAAGAAAGAAAAGAAAUAUCUCUGCACUCAAGAAUUCUCUUCCACCUUUCCAAAAGCUCCUUCUUGCCUGGUUGCUACUGGUGACCAGCAAAUGACUUUGCAAAAGUAUAAUAUUUCCCAUGCCCAGUGUAUUUGGAGAGGAAGAGUUUUUAUUUCAUGCUAUGUGUGCUUGGCGUCUGUCAAGCUAGCAAGUGGUUGGCAUAAAGGAGGAAGCAUGUAGGAUUCAAGGAAGGGAUAUGCCUAAAGCCUAAUAAAGUAGACACAACCUGAAAUAUCUAAUCUCCCCAUUAAACGUGUUAUUUCUUUUUUGGCUGCCUCAGGCCAGUUCAGACAUUGAUAAUGUAGUCUCCAAGUGCCCCGAAAAUGCCACCAUCAUCACAAAACCCUUAAUCCAUCACGGCUUCUCACUUUGUCACUUAGAGUCCCAAAUUCCUCCCCCUCACUUUAAAAAAAACCCCUCAGAUCUUUCUCCACCUUUUCAUUUAUUGCUCCUUCAAUCUCCUGGCCAGGGAAAGAGAGAAGCAGCAACCUACUUUGGGUUCUCAUUUGCACACUCAGCACAACGGGGAGGGUCUGCUCUUUUCCCAAACCUUAGGUCCCUGCCCAGUUUCUUUGCAUUGCCGCCUCGCCUUUAGUUGCUAGUUUCAUUUGGAAAACUGAAAUUUGGGAACCUCCCUGUUAAGUUGUGGGUGAACAUAUCAGACGACACAGCAAUUCUUCAAACAGCUCUUGUUUAUUCACAGGCCAGAACAGAACUGAACUGAAGGGUUCAGUCAGCCUGCUUAUAUAGAGCUCCAGUACAACGUAACUGUAACAAUUUUCUAAAACUAUCCCAUCACUGAAAGUCACUUUCGAUCCCUUAUUUGCAUAACUAUCUACAGUAUCCCCCUGCUGUCCCAGGGUGAGAACUCCAGUACAUAACACUCCCCAUAUCCCUCCCAGCAAUGCUGGUAAUCAGGAGACCCAGUGCUUUCUACAUUAGAGAGGUCUAGCCCACCCCAACAAACUACAGUUCCCAGUGUUGAUUGGAAAGAAGGAAUGACUAUUGUAGUUUAUAUCUGAAGUGCAGAAAAACUAGUGCAUGAAUCUCCACACCACCAUCCCUCACAUAUUUACUAUUUAAUUCAGAAUGCCUGCAGAGGACCAUAUUUUGCCCAUGUUUUAAAUCUGAGCAUUGCAUUGGAUGUCUAUUUUGUAAGACAUCUUGAUAAGGAUUGGCCUUGAAGGGCAAGGCAUUAUUAUAUUAAUUCUUGUUUAAACGUAGAAGGGAAAGCAGCGAUGGGCCAUUUGCAAUAUUGAAUGAGUUUCCUGUCCAAUAUCGGCCUGACAUUUUUGCAUCGCAAACUAAUCAAAGCAGGAGUCGCUUGAUGACUUGUGUUUGAAAAUGCCUGUUCCUGUUGCUUAAGGAAGGUUAAUGCAAAAAGAACUCUUGAACGGGGUCUUCAAACGGUUCCAGCUUAGGCUCAUUUUGACGCUGAUCUCAUCUGGCAGGGAUUUCACACACGAAUUGUCGUGCUAGUCUGACUAAUGCAGCAUGUGUGUACCAGCAAUGGCGGCCAGACAAAUGCCUCUAGGAUGCUCAUAAGCAGAGCCAGUUGACAAUAGCCAUUCCCUGCUGUUAAUCUCCAGCAUCUGGCAUAAAUGUGAGCCUUGGCAUAUGAGCAUAUAAAUGAGUAAAUGCACUAGAUAGACACUAAAAGCUUUUUGGCUCAUAGCCUUUGCCCUUAACCACUGUGUUACAGUGGAUCUCACUGUGUGUUAGCUCCUUAAGGCUGCAGUCUAAAAGCCACUAACCUGAGAAUCGGUCCCAUUAAAUUCAGUAGGACUCACAUCUGAAUAGACCUGGUUAGGGCUGCACUGUAAGUUAGUAAGACCCAUAAUCUUUCCCCAUUUCCAGGACGUUUUUCAACAGUGAGGAAGCUUUAGAGACAGGAUGCCUUGUUCUGGGAUAGGGAGUUGGACAAGAUGCUUCAUUUGGUGCCUUUGAAUUCUGAGUUUUGCAGAGAGAUGCUGAGAUUAGCUCUAGAUGUCUGUGCGUUGGCCAGCUCUUUCCCUGCUAGCUGACUCUGAGCUGGUAUUUGGACUACAAGUCAGCAACUGGGAAAUCCAAAGUUUCAUUUUAAAAGCGGGUGGGGAAGCUAAGCCUUUAAGAUUGCAAAAAUAAUCUUAAUAUGUGCAGGUGAUGCCUGGUGAAGUCUCCUGAAGACAAAAGAGGCCAAGAUGGGGUGGACCCUCAGUGGCUGAACCAUGUCCCACCUCCCCGAUUAGCAGAAGGGAGUUACUUAUGCUAAAUGAAAAAAUGUAUACUGAAUUGCCUAAUUUCUACACUAUGCAGAACCUGGAUGUUCUGGUUUCAGAUUUUGAAUAUUUUCAUAUAAAGAGCCCUAUGUUUGCUCUUCUGGCGUGUAUUUCCUUCAGGUGGGGAACCUCCAGCCCAUGGGCCAAAUUUCACCCAACCAAUUCAUUCAUUCACUUUAUUUGUAUACCAUUCUCCUCCCCCCACCCACAAAAUGCUCAAAGCAGCUUACAUCAAAGGAAUAGGGAUACAUUUCAAACAAACACUACAAAAACAAUUUCAUAAUAACACAGCAAAACAAAAAUAUAACAUAUUAAAAACCCACAUUUCAAUACUAUAAAUAUAAUAAGAUUACUUAAACAACAUGCAGCAUCCCAUAACAAAAAUAAUAAGGAAGCUUUACAGUUUCAUCUUAGUCCUAGAAACACCCCUCCCAGUCCCUCUCCCUUAUAAGGUUUCCAAGGGCAAAGGUUGGGGUACCUGGGAACACCCCUCCUAUGGCCUACACCCAUCUGCCCCACAUCUGAUGACAUAUGUGACGUCAGGUGUGGGGCAGGUAAGACACUAUUUCAGAGGAACAGUCAGGAGCUUAACAUACACUCUCAAUUGUGCCUUGGCAAGCAGGACUCGUUGUCAGUGCCAGUCAGCUGAUUGGCACUGAUAGCUCACCACUUUUAAGUCAUCCAUUUGCAGGCAUGGUUUUGGAUUUAAAAUACACCUUCAAGCUGACACUUUUCCUCUGCAGACCAGUGUGCAGAGAGGAAAAGAGACAAAGCCGGGCUUUCUGUCAGCACCAAUCAGCUGAUUGGCACUGAUAGCAAGCCCCUUCGAAAUUAGCACCAGGUGUCAAAAUGACGUCAGGCAAGUAGGCAGCCCUGCCCACCUGUCAAAGUGGCCUAAAGUGGUAGAGAAGGUUAUGAUCUGCUAGUCAAAUCCUGUUCCCCACAGGUGCCUUUAACCUGCUGUACUGAAGUGAUGGUGACCAAAUGUUGUCUAGCCUCUCUUCCUCCCAUCCUCUUUCCACUUCAGCAGUGCAGAGGAAUGAUUUAGUUUCAUUUCUUAUCCAUCUCCCAUUGGCCUUCCACAGCCCUUUUGUUGUUGUGUUUCUCUUCCCCUCUUUUCAAGUGUCUGCUACCACUGAGCUUCAGGGGUCUUGAAAUUCAAAAGGUUAUUUGCUUUUCUGAUGGGAGUUGCGUGGUGCAGGAUACUGGGCUUAAUUGGCUUCCUGGCUUCCACACAUCUUUCUUUCUUAAAUCCCACUCAAUCCCCCUUCAGACAGCGGUGAAACAAAUCAAUACAAGGACCCCUGAAGCCCUUUCCUUGCUCUCUGGAAUCGCAGGCCCUCAGUGCUCCUACCGGAGAGCAUUUUCUCCACCAUCUGAGCACUCUCAGAGCAUUCCCAGGGAAAAGGGUUGAUUAAAAGUAAAGCUGGGAUCCCCAAGAAUCCAAAUUCAGUACAAUCCACCCACAGAUUUUUAGAUUCCAGCUCUCCUGUAUCUCCCAAGGCUCUGUUCGGAUCUGGCUUCAGAAUGGGGGAUUAGGGCAGCUUCCCCAGAUGUUUUGGAUCACAACUCCUUUCAGCCCUAGCCAGCCUGGGCAAUAGUUGGGUGAUGGGGACUGUAGUGUAAAAUAUUUGUAAAGCAUCAGCCUGAGGAAGGCUGCGUUAGGGACUUCCUUAAGUUUCAAAGAGGGUAUCUUCCUUCUGCUGUUUAUACACUUGUCACAUUGUCCUUCUCUCUUCUUUCUGUUUGGUUUUCACUAAAGGUUUGAGAUAUAUUUUAUUGAUUUUAUAGUAAAAUAGCAUUGAUCAAUUCCAGCAAAACCCUGUAAAGACUUAAUAUGCUUAUACCAGUCACAUAUAAGAAAACAAAUUGAGUGAGGACAGGGUGGAAUAGCUGAAUCAGUGACUACAUCGCCAAGGCUUCAGCUAUCCAUGACAGCCUCUUGUGAAUAAGCCCGGAGACUUACAUUCACAUCACUUCUGUUUACAUGGCUGAUAUAUGGGGACCGUACUUUCUCAAAAUAAUUGGGUUUUUGCUUGGCCUUCUGUGUUGUAGAUGCUCAGAAAGAGCCAUAUCUCAAACCUUCUGUUGCCAUCUUGUCAGAGAUAGUCCCUUGAGAAGGCAAUCUUUCAAUGGGCAGCAGGGUGAACAGCAUGGCAGUUAGAUCUUUUAUAUAAGGGGAAGAUCUAGAUUGGUGUCUAAUGCGCCCAUAUUAUCAAGCCCUGAUAAUAUGGACGUUCUAGACACCGAUCUAGACCCUCCUCUUAUAUAUCAAGGUCUAACUGCCACACUGCACAUCGCUCGUAUUAUCAGGCACCAAAGUCAAGUUUUUGUCCUCUAUUAGAAUGUAAAUAAGACAAGCAUUAAUAUUUAGGUGGGAGAAUGUGCAGCUACCCAGUAUUCAUGCUGACCAGCCUCACUGUUGCCAUGGAAGCUUGUCGAAGUCGAGCUAGGCAAGCACUAAGCACCUUGAAAUGCAACUCCAUUUGCCCGGGAUAAUUUGCAGCAGUGGGCAGAAGGUCUAAGAAGCAGGAAUGUAACCCUUUUGGCCUCGACUUCUUACGCUGUUCCCCUCACCCCACACUCAGUUGUGUAGAAAUUGGCGGUUUCACCUUUGUUUCCCCUCUCUAAUUUGCUGUGCCAAAAUGUAGCUUUUCAACAGCAACAAAGGACAGGGAUGGAACGAGGUGGGAUGCUGUGGCUGCUGUACAUAUGUAGAUGUGCAGAAAUUUGGAUUCCAUCUGUUUGCUUUUUCUGCUGUGACACUUGUAAUUGAGAAGGCGCUCCCAGAUGUCUGAAUUGGACCGCUCAGCAGCACAUAACCGAGUGUGGUUUUGACAGUAGAAGAUGGAUAGAUUCUCUUAUUUUCGCAUUCCCAAGCACUUAGCCGAGCUCGGCUCAGUGCGCAGGGCUAACUAUAUAGACUCUAUAGAGCCAGUGCUGCAUUGCUUUUUAAAUAUUGGCCAGUUCCCUCCAGAGAGGAUGCCCCCUAGCAGACUGCAGCGCAUACUGUUUGAUUAAUCAACUAAAGCCAGCAGCAGAUGUGACUUGAAAUCCAAACUCCCAGAGCUGUGAGUGUUUCAAUGGCUGAGCUCUGGAGACAGCUCCUUUUAAUUACAAUGGUCAGCUCUGCAGCCAUGGGGCACAAGAGCUUAUCUGUAAUAUGUCCUGCUGGAAUUUCCAUCCUUGGUUGGAAACCAAUGUAAACCUGGGUAGUAAAAAGGGGCUAGCAUUUAUAUACCAUGCAAAUCCACAAUGAGAUUUUUCACCCAAUUUGCCAUGCUGGGUACAUUUUAGAGCAAAGUAUCCCUUAGUGUGUCGGUAACACUAUUCAUUAAUCGCCAUAGCUGUUCAGAGGUUCCUCAUAUCUCUCAAUAAAACAACACUGCUUUCACCACUAAUGAUACUGUAGUUCAGAGGUAAGGGGAGUUAUUUUAUUUUAUUGAAUUGAAUUGAAUUUAUUCAUUUGUUUAUUGUGCAUUAGAAUUAUUAAAGUCAGUGUUAAAAACAAGUUAGCCUUAAAAAGUCAAAAUAUAAAUAAUACCAGUAGUUUGAAAAUAUACACUGAUUUAAAGUACUCAUUUUUACAUCCUUAAGAUAUCAGUGACUUCCAUUCUUCUCUUUCCAUGGUUCAUUUUACAUAUAAUAAAUCUCUGCAUAUUUUACAAAAAAUUAUACUUUAAAUUUAAACAGAAAAUUUAAUAAAAAUUAUAUACACCGAAAAUAUACACUGUGAAAUUAAUUUACACAUUAAAAUACAUGCCAACUUAAUCUAGAAAGACUUGCCUAAACAAAACCAAAAAAGUUUUGAGCCUGUGCCACAAGCAGGACAUUGAGGGUGCCUGACUAAUGCCAACAGGCAGGGAAUUCCAGACUGUAAGCGCUGCUGUGCUAAAAGAUUGAUUCCUUACAAGGGCAGAACCAAUAUUAUGUGACAUUUGUAAAAGUACCAGUUCUGUACACUGGAGUGGUUGAGUGGGAGUAUAUCUAGAGGAAGACGAUUCUUCAAGUAAACUGGUUCCAAGCUGGCAUAGUCCCUGACCUAGCUGGAGCGGAUGGGAGUUGGUGUCUAAGAACAUCCAGAUGGUCUCAGAUUUCCCCACCACUGUUUCAGCCCAUGCAUUCAUUCCUGGAUGACAUCCCAGUGUUCUAGAGUUCCAGUUCUAUGGAAACACAGAGAAAAUAACAAAAACAUCUAUGGUGGGAAAGCCUAUUUGGCUCUCUGUCAACUCUUGGAGAACUGUGAACAGUCGUGUGGCAAAAUAAUUUUUUUAAAAGGAUGUUCAAAUAUUGGUGCCAUUGCUUAUUACAUUUGAGUAAGACAGAAGCCUAGGAACAUAGCUGUCAACGUUUCCCUUUUUUUAAGGGAAAUUCCCUUAUUCUGAAUAGGAUUCCUCACAAGAAAAGGGAAAAUUUGACAGCUAUGCCUAGGAAAUGGGGAAGUGCUAAAAAGUGGUUUACCCUGGGGGAAAGCAGCAGGAGAAGAGGAAGCAUGGAUAAGCUCUCAAUCCACUAGAACAACUUCAAGGGGAACAUCACUGAGCACAUGUGAGAUGGGAUCUGAAAGAUGGUGCAACUAGCACUACCAACACCAUGCAAGCUUUAGGCCCAUAUUUCUUGGAAUGGCAACUUCCCAUGCAACACAGCAAUGCAAUUUGAAACUGAAGGGACAUUCUGAAGCAGUCUGUUCCAUGGUAUGAAGACGGGGUCUACCAUUUAAAGGUAGACAAAUCCCUCUCAAGUCACUGAGAGCUCUUGAAGUGGUUCUGUGGAUCCCAGUCACUGUGUGUAAUUUUAAAAAUUAUUUUCUUCCAGACUAUCUACUAAUUCUUAUGCCAUUCCUCUUUUUUUAUAUAGGCUACAAUUGGAAUUGACUUCUUAUCUAAAACCAUGUACUUGGAAGACCGGACAGUAAGUGCCAGGAGUUGCUGAGGACCUGACAUUCCCAAGCUACGUAUUCAGACAGAAGUAAUGGGCGAAUGCAGAGGGGACUUUUUGAACCAAACCCAUGUUCUGAUUUGCCCAAACUGAUAAGGGAGUAAUCUGCCUCUGCUCUUUCAUAUCUGCAUGCUGCCUUACCUUUCCCAGAGCAUCAUGUCAAAAACGGGUGUUUUAAGGAGGGUUGGAGUCAGACAUUUCUGCAUGGGCUUGUCCUUGUCCGUCAUAAUAUUCUAUAGAUAACAUGCUCUCAGAUGUGUGAAGAGGAGCUGAAACUAAUAUAAAACAGUUUUAUAUUAUAUAUAUUAGCUGGCCACAAGACUCGUGGAUUUUUGGCCACGAUGCCUUAAUUUAUUCCCGGCCACCAGCCCAGCUAAAUCAGAGUUCAGAGGCUUGAAGCUACACUGAUAAACUGUCAUACUGAUGACUGAGGCUUUGUACGUGUUGCCAGCUUCAAAUGCAGCUUUUCCUCAAUUUGGAAUGGGAAAAUGAAUCAAAAUGCAGUAUUUUCAGAGAAAUGACAGCAUACAUACAGAAUAUUGCACCAUACAUGCAGGAUUGUAGCUAACAUUGUGUGCACUGAGCACACUGGGACAUAGAGUAGCAUGCAGGCAAGAGUUCCUGUACAUUAGCUCCAUCCUAGUUCUGAGCAGCGAGACUAAGCUGUCCCACCCCUCAUUUGCACUCAUGCCCCCGUCCUGGAGGUUUUCAACCUUACUAUUUCCAGAGAACACUUUUUCAUACUGAAGCACUUCUUGUUUUCUUCCAUCACUUUGGCAGAGCCUGGUGAUCUAAUUUCAGGCGCACUCUUUAUUGCCUCAGACGGGCCAGACAGGAAAGGGGUUGCACCACUUACCAGGGGUUUCUGCAUUUAUCCAGCUAUCCCUGUAUUGUCUACUCUGACCGCCAUAGCUCACCAGGCAGAGAGGGUGUGAUUUUGUGCUGUUUCCCUUAUAAGCCAGGAACGUGCAGCCACAGUGGGCCUGCUUUCUCUCCUUUGAGCCAGGAAGUUUGUGACUAGCAGUCUCUUCAAGGACAGGCAAUCAUCCUCUCUGCUAGGAAGACCUUCCUAAGUGCCUGCAUUUUGCCAUUUCUCUUAUUUUCUCGGAAAUGGCAUUGGAAGGGGGGGGACCCACUGUAAAACAAAAAAGGUCUUGAUUUAUAGAUUUUGGGGGGACUUUGUGCAAGGAUAACCCAAUGUCAGUGCAGAUGGGAGUUGGCUCUAAUGAGAGGGGGAAGCGGCAGCUGCUGCAUUAAUAAGUAGCAGCUAACUAUCUCUUGCAGUGUUAAUGUACUCUCCAACAUCCAUCUCAGGCCUAAUGGGUUGUUUCCAAGCCUUUCCAAUUGCUCUAAUGAAAGCCACAGGCUGAGUGAUUUAGGGGGGUGGGGAGAUGAAGCCACACUGGUAGAUUUCCCUAGGCCUUCCAUGGGUUUGUUUCUGACCCAGCAGCAGAAAUAGAAAUGGAUCUCUUCAUUUACAUCAUCUCUUCCCCAAAAGAUAUCCCAAAUCAGUUGUGUGGUGAUUUGGAACCGAGGCAAAAUACUGAAGCCAAAUGAACUGCGGAGUAGAUUACAAGCAACUAAACCAACUUUGUCCAAGAAGGCACCUUAGUUUUUUGCACACCUCUUUUUCUUAGUCGAGGAUGCUUUAGUCACAUGGUAUGCUUGCUCCCUGAGUAUUGGCCAUCCAAUCUCGCUCUCAAUGCACGGGAGCGUAUACAACUUUGCAAAAGCCUCUCAGGUCAAUGAGAAUUUGAUGGGUGUUAAUGCAAAUUUUGUGGCCUCAGAUGCCCCACAAAAAUCCAGCCCAUGUGACUGAAGGCCUUUCCACAUCAGAAAGAUUCCAAAAGCAUUCCAGCUUCCAGAAGCCUUCCAUGAUAUCAUGGAAGCACAAGCUUGAAAUCCUUUGCUGGCAGCCUCAGCAGAAAGGCCACGAAGGGUGAAAGCAUAGGACUCAGCUGUGUCCCAUGUGGCUGAGCCUUAGACCUGGGAUUGUAGAAGGAAAUUUAGACUACACUUUUCAAAACUCCAGAGUAGCCCAUGGGCUGGAAUCGUGCAGUGUAGGCAGGACCCACUUUCGAGGUCCGCCAACUGGAGCCUAGUGCAAAAUGGUCAAAGGGGUGCAGCCAAUCACACACUGUGUCCCACCAGGAGCCAUACACUAGAACGACCUGCGUAUACAUGAUUGGGGUCUACAGCUGAGUGGCUUCAGAUCAGGAAUUCUAACAGCUUAAUUUUGAAAGCAGAAGAAAUCUUUUUUGUUAUUAUCGUUCUUAAACAAUUGGGAGUCAGCAACCCUUGUUAGAUCUACUGUCAGUGAGAUCACAGUUGUAUCUUUCUGUAGUGGAUGCAACCCGCCAUUGGUUGUUUUUUCCUUAUUAGUGAAGCAGGGUUGUGUCCCCUUAGUGAGACUAGUGUGGCCUACUCCAAAGAUUUGAUGAAGCCACUCCAUAGUUGUUACUCUUUCCCAUUUUCCCUCUGUGUCUCAGUGGCCUUUUGCCUCCUUUUACUGCACUCUUCCUUUUGUUCACGAGACUCCCAGAUAUGCUUUACAAAAGAGCCUUUUUCAGGUGCUCAAAGUACGUAGGUAUACUGAGUACACAUGACGGGGAUAUCAGAGCAAAUACAGCUGUGCCGUCUAUGGGACUGUCCCUACCCAUUUCAUCAAAUGUGCAUAGAGGUCCGAAGCAGGGCCUGCUAGGUUUGUUUUUUCCCAGGUGUUACCUUUACUUGCCCCCAACUCUGUUGUCAUAUGUUAUGCUAGGUGGAGGACAGGCAGGUGUGGCUUGGGUUGGAAAAGCCUUGUGGGCCAGGUUAGGACCUCUUACAGGACUAAGUAGGCUUGCAGGCCACCACUAGUUUAUAGGCUGCCUCUGAUAUCAUAGUGACAUGGGUUUGAGAGUGAGAGGAAGCCAGGAUCCAGCCCACCAGCUGGAUCCAGUUCCCCAACCAUGGUUUAUAACCACCUGGGAAGGGCUAGCCUGUACAUCAUGCUGGAUUACAUGGUCAUUUCUCCACACCUCGUAUAAUCAGAAAGCUAGAAUAAAGAAUGAAGAGCAAUCAAUUGUUACUGUUUAUUAAAAAUGACAACUCUCAGGGGACAUAACAGACAAUGGAUGCUCCCUCUGUUCAUCGUUCAGUCUUCUGACUUCCUGUGUUUAAUGGCUGUUUCUUCUCCUAACUGUAUGUCUCUCUGCCGCUCUUCCCGAUCCCCUCUCGGCAGGUGCGGUUGCAGCUCUGGGACACAGCCGGCCAGGAGAGAUUCCGAAGCUUGAUCCCCAGCUACAUUCGAGACUCAACAGUAGCCGUGGUGGUCUAUGACAUCACAAGUGAGUUACAGGCUUGGAGGCACUGGAUUGUGGGGCAAGCAUGGGAAGACCUUGUAUCUGCCCAUUGCUGCUCAAUAUCAUCCACUAGGGACUAUCUGUUGUAUGGGCUCAGUGUAAGAUGUAACAAACGGAUAGACCACUGCUACCCUGUACUGUACUCACAUACACACACACACACACACACACACAAACGCACACACACUCUGCACCAUGGUAGAACCUUCCAUUCUGAAGGAGUUGCCUCUGUCCUGCAGAAGUUUACAUGAAGAAACCUGUUCUGCUGUCUUGUAAACAAUUGCCAAAUGAAGUGCAUGUUGUACUAAGCAACCUAGUUAACUUAUGAUUGCUUAAAUGUUAGUUAUUUUAGAUGAUAGAUAGAGGGACGCAGGUGGCGCUGUGGUCUAAACCACUGAGCCUCUUAGGCUUGCCGAUUGGAAGGUUGGUGGUUUGAAUCCCCGCAAUGGAGUGAGCUCCCGUUGCUCUGUCCCAGCUCCUGCCAACCUAGCAGUUUGAAAGCACGCCAGUGUAAGCAGAUAAAUAGGUACUGCUGUGGCAGGAAGGUAAAUGGUGUUUCCAUGUGCUCUGGUUUCUGUCACAGUGUUCCGUUGCACCAGAAGCGGUUUAGUCAUGCUGGCCACAUGACCCAGAAAGCUGUCUGGGGACAAACACCAGCUCCCUCGGCCUGAAAGGGAAAUGGGCUCCACAACCCCAUAGUCGCCUUUGAAUGGACUUAACUAUCCAGGAGUCCUUUACCUUUUUACCUAGAUAGAUAGAUGAACACCUGUAGGAGGAUGCAAGGGCUAGGCUUUGUUUGAAGACCAUCCAAAUACCUCUAGGAGCAUCCUUUAAAGAGUGAUUUGAACAAAGACCAUUCAGUCCACCAGACUGUGCCCAACAGUGGCCAGACUAAUGCUCCUGGGAGCUUCCAUGCCAAGCAUGAGACCUUAACUUUCUAUAUGUUGGUUCCUACCUGAUAAAUGAGGAGGAUGUUGUUGUUUUUAAGGAGAGAUACUACCUCCUAUUAUGUACACAAUAACUCAAGAGUGCCAAACCAGUUAUUUUAUGAAUAGGCUGAAAUGAGUGGGACCCGCGGCAGAGUGUUGCAGUGUGGUAUGCCCAUUGUUCAGGAUGCCAAAUGGACUUCAUCCCCUUCCCCCCUCCCUGCUGAUUUUUUGUUUUCCCUUCCCAACAGCCUGUCGGCAUUCAAAGACCUCUAAGCACCGACAAAGCGAUCCAAGCCCUGGGUGGGGUGUAGCAGAGUGGCGGGACCACACCACGUCCACAAACCUGUUGCUUACCUGGCUGGGAUAAAAAGUGGAGGGCAUGCAAAAGCUGGGGGCAGACUGGAGCUGGCCUGGAAAUCAGGUCCAGAUCACACCUGAGGCUGUCAAGUGACAGCAGCGGGAUUGGCUCAGGACCCACUCGAUCCUGGGUUGCCUCAGCUCCCCUGCACCCCCAGAAUGGCUCUUUGGGGGCUUUCCGUGGGGUUCUGACAGGCCACCAGCACCACAUCUACCUCCCUACACUUUUCGGCAGGCAGAACAGGGAGCUUUGUGCUGGCAGGACUUUUCCAAAUGGAGGGCUACCACUGCUGUGUCCAUACACAAACCUAGCACAGUGGAUUGGGGGGUUGGAUCGCACCCUUGGCCCUCAUUGGGCUGUUUGGGGGGUGGGUAAGCUAAGCAAGGUGGUGAGGAAGUGACUGGCCUGAGAUCAACCAGGAAACUACAUGACUGAGGAUUUGAAUCUAGGACUUUGCAGCAGUAAUCAGACACUGCCUUAGCCAACCAGGUGCCCUCCAGAGGUUUUGGAACACAACUCCCAUCAGACAUGGCCAUUAGCUGGUGCUCCAGCUCUUGGACCGCAGUGGGUCUCAUGCAGCACUCAGAUCCUCACUUCUGAGGAAUCUAAUGCCUCCUCGGUAAAGGAGCCACCGAGCAAAAUAUUUCAAGCCUUUCUGAAGCCCGACUCUGACAAGAACACUCUGACCUUUUCUGUAGCCACCUCUCGCUGUUUGCUGUGACUUACCAUGUUCCUUAUUGCAAUUAAUGUAAGAGGAAAUGAAAAGUGACAGAAAAGUGGAUCUGCUUCCCUCUGGUGGCCCCUGCUGGCUCAAGCAGCCGAAGCCGUCGCAGAGGGGUCAGACCUACGCAGGCGGCUGAGUGAGCCGAGUGGCUCAUUUAAAAUGUUCCUGUUUAAUGGAUUGCCUAUGCUCUGGUUGCUAUAGCUACACUAAACUCUGCCUCUAAUUGGCAGCAGAUUCUCCUGGCAAUAUGCAAGGAAGGGGCAGGCAAAAAGCGGCGUGUGGAUGCCUCCCGUCACAGUUUGUGAGCCUGGGGGGGGUGCGAGAAUCAGUUGAAAGUGCUGCCUAUGAGAUGCACAGUCAAAGAGCCAUCUGUGGAUAGGAGGCAUGGCUUCUUUAUUUAUCUAAAUUAUUAUUUGUAUAGGGACGUGGGUGGUGCUGUGGGUUAAGCCACAGAGCCUAGGAUUUGCCGAUCAGAAGGUCAGCGGUUCGAAUCCCCGUGACGGGGUGAGCUCUUGUUGCUCAGUCCCUGCUCCUGCCAACCUAGCAGUUCGAAAGCAUGUCAAAGUGCAAGUAGAUAAAUAGGUACCACUCCAGCGGGAAGGUAAACGGUGUUUCUGUGCGCUGCUCUGGUUCACCAAAAACGGCUUAGUCAUGCUGGCCACAUGACCCGGAAGCUAUACGCCGGCUCCCUCGGCCGAUAAAGCGAGAUGAGUGCCGCAAUCCCAGAGUCGGCCAUGACUGGACCUAAUGGUCAGGGGUCCCUUUACCUUUGCCUAUUAUUUGUAUGCUGCUUUUCACUUCACAGAAACACCAAAGCAAUUUGCAGUACAAUAAAGCUGCCGACAGCAUAAAAUGAAAUAGAACAAUAAGUAAAACUGGGAUGGGGAACUUGUAGCUCAGUAGAUGCAGUUGAACUUCACCUCCUGCCAGCCUCAGCCAGCAUGGCCAGUUAUGAGGGAUAAUCCCAGCAAUAUCUGGGUGGCCACAGGUUCCCCACUCCUGCAAUAGAACAACAGUAAAAAUUCAUUAACAAUUACAGUAACCAGAGAUGCCAGGAGCUGGUAUUAACAGGCAGGAAAAGCUUGGAUGCAGAUACAUCUUCAGUAGAUGCCCUGACAGUGCUGGUUCUAUUCUGCUGCAGUUUGGUUUCUGCCAAAUAUUACAUUAUUUGUCUUGCUGUCCACUAUUUAACAUGUGAUAUAAGUUAUGUAACUAUUUAUUUAUUGAUUGAUGCUUAUUCAAAGAUAUACAAAAAUACAUACCCAUUACAAAUUAAUUUUUUUAAUAAUAUGCUGGAAAAAAACAGCUAUUUAGUCUAUAAGAGAACCAAGUCAGAAGGAAGAAAAGAUAAGGAAAGGAUAAACUUAAAGAGAAAAAGUUGUGUAACUAUGUUAAUUACAUACAUUUCAACAUAAAGGAAAUGUCAAAACAGCAUUAAAAAGAAUCUCCAAUUAAUUACAUAUCAUUUGCAAACUUCCACACACUAAAUCCCCAAUGAUGGGGAAAAAAAGUCAUCAUAUUUGCUUGAAUGAUUUCCAUUCCUAACUACAGACAAAAGUGAGCUGCAACAAUUUCUGCUUCCUUUUCUGUUUUCACUGGAAUUCUCCAGCAUCCCUGCUUGUCAGAAGUGUUGCUUCUUUUAAAAGUAUCAGAAUCUGUCGCCUGUAUUGAAGGACUGGUCUUUGUCUUAUAAACACCUUCCUUGUUUUUGUUCUCCCUUGUAGAUCUCAACUCCUUCCAGCAGACAUCCAAAUGGAUUGAUGAUGUCAGAACAGAAAGAGGAAGUGAUGUCAUCAUCAUGUUAGUGGGCAACAAAACAGACCUUGCUGAUAAGAGGUAAAUGCAUAUAAUGAGGAAGAGGGGGAGGAUUAUUAAUUUCCGGUAGAGAAGGUUAAACUUCUUAGACACACAAGAAACCUGCAAAAGGGCAAUAAGCCACAUACUGUAGAGAUGCUCCAUUGUCUACUGUUGCCAUAGGAACAGAUCUCCCAGAGUGACAACUCCUGUUUUAUUGACCCUUUCUGAAUCCCUUGUGCAUUGUUAAGAAUGAGGGCACAGCUUGGUGCCAUUAUUACAACUUCACUUUUCGAGCCACAACCCAUUUCCCUACUCUUUUGCAGCUGCAUUGAGACAGUUACCAUUUCCCCCUCUUCUGUGUGUCUGACCCUAGGCAGAUAACAAUUGAAGAAGGGGAACAGAGAGCUAAAGAACUGAAUGUCAUGUUUAUUGAGACAAGUGCGAAGACAGGAUACAAUGUAAAACAGGUAAGGUGCCUUUGUUCCUGGGUGAGGAGGAGAGUGUGAUCCAGUUUGUGUGCUACAGACUCCAACAUGGCACAUGCAGAUUGGAUGAAACAUGCAUUUUUCACACACAAAUGGGGUACAAGUGUCUGUUUUAUCAUUGUAGCUAGCAAGCUAGAUUAAUCCUGAUUUAGGGAGAAAUGUCAUGUAUCAAGAAGCUCUAGGUGGCAGCAGAAUAUACUUGUACAAUACUGUGGUGAGCAUUUACAGCCCGUUAAGUCUGUGCAGAGUUCAUUUUCCUUUGAUUUCUCUCCAGGAACUUCGGCUGCAAACCAGUUGCAUCUGAAGGUCAAAUGAGAUGUGACCUGCAUAACAGAUUGGAAAAAUAAAUGAAUAACCAAUAUGGGAGAGGGACUAGCCAACUGGGGUAUGGGGGAGGAAGGGAGGCCUUUAACCUGUUGCCCCUGCUGUAGUCAUGAUCAGAAUUGCCUCCUGCACAAUAGGAGCUUUCUUCCCAAUGUGACUAGCAAGUGUUGGGGCAAGUCCAAUCAGGACCAUGGCAGAAGCAAAGGGUUAAAAGGCUCCCUUGACACCGAGCCCCAAUCUGGCUGGUCCUUCUCCCAUAUUGGUACUGUUAAACCUCAGUUCUCGAACGGCUCUGUUUUGGAACGUUUUGGCUCCCAAACGCUGAAAACCUGGAAGUAUGCUCCGGUUUUCGAACGUUUUUCGGAAGCCAAACAUCCAACGCGGGUUUCACUUGAGUACAGGAAGCUCUUGCAACCAAUUGGAAGCCACGCCUCAGUUUUCUAAAAAUUCGGAAGCUGAACGGGCUUCCGGAACGGAUUACAUUCAACAACCAAGGUUUGACUGCAAUUGGUCUUCAAGUCAUCCUGUUUCACAUGGCUGGAAGUUGGAAUUAUACAUCACAGCAACCAUUGUUUUCAGAGGCACAAGGGAACAGCUUCCCCUUUCUACUGAUAGUAACCAGUCUGAGUAGCUCCAGGUCUGGUUCUCUUGGGCAGAUGUAUAAAUGGAUGAGAGCUUAGGGCUUACUUAACUCGAGUCACACAUACCGUAACUAUUUUUGCUACUGUUUUCAGUUGCAUAUUGGAUGUAAACUAGAAAGUACUAAUGAUUUAUUCUCUUGCUCCCUCUGCCUGCCUUUGUUGCUGUACAUUCUGCACGCUGCUUUAGCUCUUCCGACGCGUCGCCUCUGCUCUGCCAGGGAUGGAGAGUGUCCAAGAGAAGAGCAAAGAAGGGAGUAUCCUUUUUUUGAUUAACAAUCGUUGUUCCUCAAGCAACCAUUCCCAUUCGAAAUCUUACAGGUAGGGGAUGGGGGGGCGAAUUUGGUUCUGUUCCCAUUUGAUGCCAAAUCUGUAAAAUUCUGAAACAAUGUAAGAACCAGAAAACACAGCCAUCCUUCGAAUUUUGCCCUUAUCUGAAUUUUGAAAUGCAGUUCCCCAACCAAUUUUUACAAAAAAUGCAUAUAUUAGGGGGGAAGGUGCACAAAAAUGAAUAUACUAAUAAAAAUAACAUACCGACGUGCAUUAUAUUAGAAGUAGUUUACAAAAAUGUGUACAUGAAUCAAAACUGCAUGCAUAGCUCCUUAUCCCUUUAAUGUCCACUCUAAUGAGAAUUGCAUGUUUUCAGAAAAUCUUCAUCAGUGAUGGAAAUAGUUCAGAUUGCCUUGCUUGUUUUUUUCCUAUUGGGAAAAGCUGGGAUUAUGCAAGCCAUGUCCCAUCACUACUUCACAUUGUGUCUAAAUGACUUCUCAGCCUUGCCCUAGAAGAAUGUCCGAGGUCAAAUGCUAUAACCCACCAGCUAUUUCCUUCCUGUUGCGAUAGUUCUUCAAGACACAAAUAGGCUUGUUAAACUAAACCCAGAAUCCCCAUUCUCCAAUUAUGGAAUGAGCACACAAAAGGAAAGCAUCAGCAUAGAGCAGUACUAAUGAAUAUGGUCCAAUUAAGUGUUAUUUAUUACAGAGAAGUUCAUGGUUUCUAAAUUAAACACAGCAGUAAUGGCUUCCUCUGCCUCUGAAGCUGGCAGGAAAUAAAGAAUAAUGGUUACACAGGGAAUGUUUGCCAAACAAUGACAGCUCAUGCCAUGUCCCCAGAUGUUCCCUUGCAUAGGUUAUGCAGGAGGCCCACAGAAUUAUCCCUUCUGCCCUGAAUAGCCAUUUUUCACUGCUAACAGUGUGAUUUAGAAAUGAUCUUGAUGAGAGUCUCAAUGAGGCCCAGAAACAGAGGCUGAGUGAUGACAUCAACUUCAUUUUAAAAGAGCUAAAAAAAAGUGCCUUAUUUUGCAUCCAGUAGACUGCUCUUGCUCUGUGCUUGCUCCUGGGUUCUCAUUUAAUCUGUUGCCAUUUGCUGGUAGAUGUGAAUUACACUUCCUUGGUUCCCACACUGGUCCCCUUGUUAAUGGCCAUCAAUCAUUUUGAAGGGGCCUAAAUCAAGAACAAUGUUUGUGUGCUUAUUGUUCUCACUAAUUUGUAAAUUUCUUAAUCUUGACCAUUUUCUACAUUUAUUUAUUUAUUUCCAAUGAUAACACAAACCUGGCAAGUAGAUUUUAAAGAAAAUGUAGGAGCUUCUUUCACAUUUUGCACUAGGCUCUUUUCCUCAGGAUAUGGGAUGAUGAGUCCCCCCCCACACACACACUUUUGAGCAACCUGUGUGAAUGAGAUUUCACAAGGGGAAGUUUUCUGUACCCCCUUAUCCCCUUAGCUAACUCAUGUGCCUUACAUCCCCCCACUCCCUGCCAUCUAGACCAACAAUCUUGGAUAUUAUUUAUUCAUCUACUUCUUUUGUAUGCCUCACAUAACAUAAUGUUCUCUAUGCAUCUUACAUGACAGAUAAUUUAAACACAAAACUGCCUAUAUACCCCUUUUAAAAGUAAAGGUACCCCUGACCAUUAGGUCCAGUCACAGACGACUCUGGGGUUGCGCGCUCAUCUCGCUCUAUAGGCCGAGGGAGCUGGCGUUUGUCCGCAGACAGUUUUUCUGGGUCAUGUGGCCAGCAUGACUAAGCCGCUUCUGGUGAACCAGAGCAGUGCACGGAAACACUGUUUACUUUCCCGCCGGAGCGGUACCUAUUUAUCUACUUGCACUUUGACGUGCUUUCGAACUGCUAGGUGGGCAGGAGCAGGGACCGAACAACAGGAGCUCACCCCGUCGCAGGGAUUCAAACCGCCGACCUUCUGAUUGGCAAGCCCUAGGCUCAGACCACAGCGCCACCGGGUCCCCCUUUAGGUAUCCCUAAAUUCAGGUAGCGGCAGAACACAAGACAUCACAGCAGAAAGACAUAUGCAGCCAAAUACUAGAGAAUAUCCAUAGUCUUAUCAGCAUAGGAAGCUGCCUUAUACUGAGACCAUUGGUCUUCCCAGCUUCCUGGCAGGGUCUUUCCAGGGUUUCAAACAGGAGAGACUCCUACCUGGAGAUGGCAGGAAUUGAACCUGGGGCCUUCUGCAUGCAAGGCAGAUGCUUUACCACUGAGCUAUGGCCCUUUCCCUCUCUCCAGGCCAACUUAGACAAGCUGCAGUUAGGGACCGAACAAUCUCACUCUUGGUGAGGAGGGAAUGGAGAAACUCUCAUAUCUGAACACUUAUAACAAAAAACCUCCAUUCCCAUAAACCACAGCAGGGAGAAGAGUUCAGCCUAGACUUUAUGCCUAGAGCAUGGAGGAGAAGGAUAGCCAAAGCUACUAGCCAUGAUGGAAGUUGUGCUGUCCCUCCACAGGCAGAGACAGGAAUGCCUCUGAAUACCAGUUGCAGGAGGGGAGAGGGCUAUUGCACUUAGAUCCCACAGGCAUCUGGUUGGUCACUGCGAAAACAGGAUGCUGGACUAGGUGGCCCAAUGGCCUGAUCCAUAUUCUUAUGCCAUUCAUAUAUUCAGGAGAGAGAUAUUUUUAAAAUAUUUUUUUUUAAAAAAAAUUUAGGCUGUGGAAAACAUUCAAAGAUACAACCUCCUGCAACUGAAGUAUCUAGGCCAAGAAAAAGCCUACUUUAUUUUGCUGGUUGUAGAAACCGAUCCUCUUCCAACUGCUGAGCCUUGCUUUUCCUUCUCUCCCGAUUGCCCCAGAGGACACAUGCGGCAGCGGUAGCAGCGAGUGCCUGUCUGGAAAGGGGUAAUGACAUGGCGCCUGCGAACCACUGUGGCGGAAGAGAGAGAGUGUCUGGAUGUGACUGACAGCAGCUCUUCUCCCCUAAUUGCUGCCUUUUGUGCUUGGGAAAGGUCAUCUCCCCUGGGGGCCUGCGCCGAGUUUGAUAUAGAUUACAUAUGUCAGCGCCACAUGCAGGGAGCACAGCCUGGGCUUGGCCCUUGCUGCGUGCAGAGGGAGAAACCAGUCUGUGGCUGGUUAAGGAAGACAGAGGUGUGAUGUCAUCUCUCUGAGUCCUCAGAGCUAAAGCCUCUGCUCCAAGAGGCGGGAAUUCAUCCCGAUUCUUUAAGUUGCUUGUCAAGCGACAGACAAGACAGCACGAAGGUUUAUACAACACACAGUCACACAAACAUUGCAGUACAUUUUUUGGCUUGGGUAUUUGCCUGCUAAGUUACUUGGUCACUUGCGGGAGCACCUCCUUACUGUGAUUUUUUAACGUUGCCUGAAGUGAGAGCUUUGUCAGAAAAAAUAAUGGGGUUGUAUUCCACACUCCAUUGGGAGGGCGUUCUGCUGCUGGAGCAACCAGGCUUCUGUUUCCUCUCCUCCCCAUGCACCCUCAAGAUCAGCUCUGGUUGGUCCACCAACAACCUCCCCCCCACCCACAAACUGAUUUUGAGGGCAUUGAUGGGGGGGGGGGAGAUGUUGGUGAGGAAGAGGAAGCUCUGUUGCACCAGCAAAGCCGCAGUGUUGGAAACAGCCCAUGUUCUUUGGUUGUUCACUUAUACUGACUUUUAGCUAAUACCUCCUUCACAGCAAGAGGAGCAGAGGCAGGAGAUAUAGGUGGGGAAAAAACUUGGCUACAAAGUCAAUUCCCAAUCUCAUCCUACAGAAACCAGUCACAGGAUUCAUGGUCUGGAGUGGGAACCAAGUGACUCCAGGUGACCAUUUUAAUUACUGUGUUAGAUGGUGGCAAGGAGGACAUGUCGUGUGAAAACGGUAUUUGUGUCCCAUCCUCUUGGGUUCUCUACAGGUAUUUGUGUACCUCUAUCAUGCACUUAGAUCUUGUUAUGAUAUGGAAUUUAACCAGCUUUGAUGGGCAUUUAUGUUGCCAGCUGACUUGCUUGCUGCUGUUGGUAAAGACACCUUGGUAAGUUGCAUUACCUUAUUGACACUCUGGGAAUGAUGCACUUCCCUCAGUAGCAUAAACCUGUUAUCUCCCUUAACCCUUUUCUGCAGUGAUCGACAUUAAAUUGGACAAACCACAGGAACCACCACCCAGUGAAGGCGGGUGCUCUUGUUAAUGCAAAGCGCAGGAUUCGUCAGCUCCAUUUGACACCACACGCUUGUUGUGUUGCUUCCUAUUGGUUAGCUUCCUAAUAAUAUGAAUUGAGUUAUUCAAUGGGGAGGAUUUCUUUUCUCUCUGUGUCUCUCUAGGAAAGGGAGGGGGUGGGUGGCAAGGAUCAGACUAUGUGAUUCAACCACUGGUUCUAUUUUCUUUUCUUUCUUUUUUUGUUUAGUUGUAAUAUAUUGUACUUUAUUAAAAAUGCCAAAACAAUUCAGAAUUUUAAACAAGACACUUUAAUUGUGUGUAUACAACUCUCAGCCAUGGGGACUUAAUAUCCUUUUUUGGGUACUUUUUUUUAAAUUGUAUAUUUGUAAACUUACAGAGAAAACCCCAAGAUUAUACAGGCUGGCUAGUUUCAGUGUUUGACAUAAAUGGUAGACAUAUCCUUGAAGUAAACUAGCCCCCAAUUAGUUGACUGAACACUAACUGUGCCAUUCACACUCCUGUGAGAGGCCAGCAAAGCAUGCAACCACCGGUGUGCAAUGUAACAUCUGACUAGAUGGCCAUGAAAAGGUGGGAGAGAGAGCUACAACUAGAGAAAUGUUAUUCAUGACAGUGGCAGUGCACCUCCAUAGUUCCCAGAUGCAUAAGGAUCUAUUGCGCAUGCACAGCUUACGAUCAUGCAUCAUGCUAUAUUUUACUAUACCAUGAGAGACGUUCCUUUUUUAGCACUUCUGUGGGUGGAUACUUGUUUUUAAGACUUUCACUUGUGUCGCGUAGCCUAUGUAUGUCAACUUUUUAAACAUCACACUAGCUAGCAUAAGCCACCACACACAUAUACUAUGGCGUGUAUGUGAAACCAAUGCCAUUGCUGUGUAUAUGGAUGGUUGGGCCCAGCAGUAGCCUUUACUUCCUGAAAAGGCCACCUCAACCAAUGAUAGCUGCUGAUUUGUAGCUAUCAUUGGCUUGAAGAAGAAAACACUCAGAUGGUUUUGCCAAAAAAGGGGGGAGGGGGGAAAUAUGGCAGAAUAAAAUAGAGUUAUCCAAAGGCUCCCUCUAAGCUUAUUGUUACAAGUAGAUUUCUUUAAGGAAGCAACUCAAAAUGAUGGCCAAGACUGAAUCAGAAACUGUCAAUUACUGUAACUUCAAAAGGUAAUCCCUUGGGGGUCACCUCACUUUUAGCCAACUGUACUAUUCAUGGUGGUUGAUCAUUAUUAUGAGUGAUGAUAACUUCUGCAUGAGUGAACAAAGAGCAAAAGAGCCUGUCUCUGUAGAAAAGAAGAUUGCCUUGGCAACAAAGAUACGAUAGAUAAUGUAUUUAAUUUUUGUAACAUGUGUAUGCAUGUUUUAUAUUGAUAUAAAGCAUACAUUGACACACACACAGCUGUGUGAAGGUGUAUGUCUACACACCCAUGCACAAUAUAGAUGCUUGGUUUCUCCCACUGUUAUAACUUUGCAACCAACAACAGUUGUGGAAAAUUACAGUUGGUGCAGUGUGUGGGUCUAGAAGGUUUUUGUUAUUGUCGGGGAAAAGUGUGAUUUGUCAUGUCUUCAAUAAAUUAAACUCAAGAUACAUGUGAAGCUAGAAAAAAAAUGCACGGAGAUGUAUCUCCAGAUGUUGUCAAUCAAUGUGUGAUAGCGCAUGUAGUCAUAUUUUGGCAUUACUCCAGAGAAAGUGGCUGUCAUGAGGUCUCAUGUUAACUCAUGGUCAUUUCAGUCAGUGAAAGGUUCCAAGAUGUUUUCUAGUUCAACUUUUAGCCUACAUUACAGGAAAUGUCACAGUGAUCACCACUAUGUGAUAACUGACUUAAUAUGGUGUUAUCUUUUCCUCUGUGGAAUAGUGCUACUUUUGUGCCAUUCCUGUGCUGCAAAACAACCACCACCACCCCCUCACAUGCUUACCAGCACACACUUCGGAGGUCUCUUUUGCUCAUGAGUAGCCAUAGAGAAGCACUAGCACCCAUGUGCCCUUCUAGUUUGUCUAAUUGUAGCCUGCAGCCAGAACAAGUGAUCAAAUUUUCCUUCUUUCUCAACUUCAUUCUCCUUUAACAUAUUAGCUUCUCUGCUGUUUUCUCCUCAAUUCUCCCUUCUUACCUUUCCCAUCAUCCUUUUAAGACUUCCUGCCUACUCGGUUUUGUUUUUUGCCUCAAUCAUCAUAGAAGCAUUAUUCUACCUAUUUGCAUCUAAUGCCAUCCUCAACGCAUCACUGCCUCACUCAAAGAGCUUGAAAAGUGUUGAGACUUUGUGCGUUUCACAGUUAAAUCAUGUGAAAUGAUCCUGAAGUGACAUUUUGAGGAAGAGGGUGGGAAUCCUCAGGGGCAGAUUUGAUUUGAAAGAUUGCCUUCCAUCAGAUGUUCCUUCUGCAGGGGUACUUCAUGAGAACAUAAGAGAGCACUUUGCAAAGGGUAAAACUAGAUGAACUGAAAGUGUGUUGGGGGAAAAUCAAUGCUAAGUAAGUCAGGCAUAUAAGGUAAGUGAGCUGAUUAUCUUGAAUUCGGUAACCAAAAGGAGGCAAAAGCCUGGCUUACACUUAGAAAAAGGUCACGAGGAGGUCCAAAGCAUGAUACUGAUCCAGAAAUGUGAAAGUGUUAGAUUUAAUUAAAUGGAACAUAGCCGAUUGCUACUACCAAGCAAACAAAUCCAGUGUUUAAAAUGGAGCUUGCAAAUGGAUGAGCAUUUGCACAAAACAGUGAGCAGAACAAUAACUAAAUGACAGCAUCCAUUUGUCAAAGGCAAGCAAAUAGAAACACAAGUUUCCCUCUUCCUAACCACCAUAGGCAGCUCUUACUAUUAUCAGUGAAAAACCAGAGACUUCACUGAGCCUAUUGGUUUCCAAUGAACUUAAGCUUCAGAAAGAAUAAUCAUAUCUAAUAUAUCUUAAAUAUUAUUGGCAUUGGCAAAGUCUGAAAUACAUAUACCCCAAAAGCCUCCCCCAAACAUUUUUUUAAAAUCUAAGUUUUGGUUAUAUGUAGUAUGCCAUAACAUUUGUGACAAUAACACACGGAUGAGAAAGCUGAUGAUUUCACAAAGGAUCAGAAGUCUAAAUACCUUGGACCAAAAGGGCUCACAAAAGACAUUUGUGAGCACCCUGGGCUGAAGUCACAAACUGAAGGGAUCAGAAGGUCCUUAUCCAAUGGCUUUAACUUCUCAUGUAGGUGAUUGCUGCAGUCUGAGGAUAUGUGCUCUGCAUGCAUGCCAGUAGCUUCCACUGGAAACUAAAGCUGAAAUUGAAGAGGAUGGGAUGGGGCAGGAGGCAUAGAGAUUUUUACUGUUAACACCAUGUGAAAAGAAACUGAGUAGACAGACUGUUUCACAUGAAGAGGAAAGAAAAUAAAAGGAAACAACUGGACUGUGGAAAUACUGCCCUACAAAGGUUUGCAAAAACCAUUGUAGGCAACAUAAAGACAGCUUUUAAGUAACAGUAAAUGGUGGAAAGUCCCAAACCUCAACAAAUGCCAAUACAAUACCCCAGACAGAGUUCUGUUGGAGAUAAUUGGUAUGGUUUACUUCCAAGAGCUCAGCUGACCAGAAGAGAAUACAAAUUGGAUGCAAACAAGCAAGCUACUUUAGUACAAUUUUAAUCUCUUUCAAGCACAUGCAAGGCUACAACUAGACAGCAGUCGUGGCAAAGACCGCCACACCCAAGUUCAAAGUUUGUUCAUCACAAAUUUCCAUUUUUUUGACAGGCGAAUUCAUCAAGCAGACAUUGAGCUUUCUGUGUUUUGGCUUGCAAGGAUGUAACUAGCCUCAUUUUGACUCCCUAACAGUCACCUGGCCAGAAUAUUCUAGCUCUAGGUGAGCAAGCAGCAGGUUCCAGCACCAGCAUAACUGAGAGUUAACAUGCAUUUUUGGAAAUUAUUCCUUCAGUCUGAGCAGUGCUUCCCACUAUGCAAAGAGGGAACUUUAAACUGGACACAUGGGGGGGGGAAUUGAGAAAAUCCAUUUUACACACAUACAUUUAUUUGUACUCUUCCUUUCCACAGUAAAAACCAUGCUCAAGGCAGCUUAUGAAAAAAAUUACAAAAGUAAUCCUCAAGAAUAAAUAAAAACAUCAAAAAGUACACAACCAAACUGAACAAUUUCCACACAAAUCACAAUAAGAUCUAAAAUAAAGAUACACAAAUAAUAGCAGCAGCAGUGGCCCCAAUUAAAAUCCCCACACAAGACCCCAGUCUAACAGUUUUGCUUUGUUCAGAGCCAGAGAGGGUGCCAUUCAAAAGUAGGAAACCGAGGAGAGGACUAUGUAUAAAGAGAAUAAAAUGCAGUACUAUAUGCAUUAUCAUAACUGAAGGUUUAAACUUCUAACACAUAUGCUCCCAUAUUGAAGCAUAUCCAAAGACCCUUUAAAGCCUUCUGCCCUCCUUCAGGCACUGAUAGACAAGGCACCCAUCUCCCAACAUGCUGAUCCCACAUGAAUUGCCAUUCUGUUCUUUUGUGCCACAUGGGCUACCAAUUAGGAGCUCACCCAUUGCCCCUCACUGUAUAUUAAGAAAAUAAAUGUCAUGUUCUAGAAUAUGAGUACCAUUUUCUUACCCUACCUAAUUAAAAAGAAACCUGGCACUGGAGGAACAGGCACACACUCUACCCAGAGACAAACUUGGAUAAUGAUCAAACAGCUUAGCCUCCAUAGCAUUCUUAAGCCCAAACUUGUGGGUUAUCACCUGAAAAGUCCCUUUUCAUUUUCUCCAUCUUUCUUCCAUUUUCUGUACUGAAACAUCAUACCCAUUCUUGAGCGGCUGCAGGCAGUUUAGGGCAGAGUCUUUCAGUUUCUCGGUAGCUUGGUGGAGGAUAUUGGCUGCCACGUCAACUUUCCAUAAAACUGUAUAAAAACGAAACAAAAAUAAACCAGAACUUAGCAUGUUAGUCCAAUUAACAAUAAACUGUCUUAUUCUC